AUGGGUGUCACCGAGCUCAUUGAGGCUCAGAAGUACUGGCGCACCCACCUCGAGGGCGCAAAGGUGGCUGCAUUCCCUCCCCAAGACCUGCCAUGUGAGACUGGUGGGCGAUCCUACAGCCACGACAUCGGGCUCUCACUCAAGGAAAAUGAACUCUACAGUAGAAAUGCGGUGCUCCGAGCCGCCUGGGCUGUAGUUAUCGGACGGUACUCUGAAUCGGAGGACUUUACUGUUGGUAUUUCGGCCUGCUCCUCGGGCGAUGCCAUUCCCAUGCGCUUCAGAUGGCGGAAAGAUGAUGCCGUGUCUGAUCUCCUGAGAGACAUUCAAUUGGAUAUGGAUCAAAUGGCCCAGUAUGAGCAGUAUGGACUCGAGAGCAUCGCGCAGGUGAGCAAGGAUGCGCAGAGCGCCUGCGACUUCACCAGUUUGAUGGCCAUCCAGACCGGGGAUGUCCAGGCCAAGGAGGAAUCUAAUCUCAAGUACGCGCUGGAAGCUCGAAUUAAAGUAUACGAGGACCAUGCCACUAUCACGUUGACAUCUGGGGUCCUUUCCGAAGUGACGAUUGAGGCGCUUGCACAUCAAUUCAGCCACACCGUUGAUGCCAUCUUGUCCAGUCCGGACGCCAAGCUGAGUGAGAUUUCAAUUGCCGGUCCUUGGGAUCUGGCCAAGGCCAAAGAAUGGAAUCCUCACCCGGCUCCAUCGGUACAAGGCUGCGUACAUGACUUCAUCUCGGACAGAGCAGCCAAAAUACCCAAUCACGAGGCCGUAUACUCCUCGGAAGGGAGCUUGACAUACAAGGAACUGGAGGAUCUGUCUACCUGUCUCAGCCACCACCUGAAGUCCCUCGGUGUGGGAGCAGAGAGCAUUGUACCCUAUUGUUUUGAGAAGUCAAUGUGGGCUGUUGUCGCCAUGCUCGGCAUCUUGAAGGCGGGAGGCGCCUUUGUUCCCCUGGAUCCCUCACACCCUCCCAGCCGGCGGAGAGCGAUCAUUGAGGAGACCGGCGCUCAAACGGUCAUCACGUCGCCCGCCUCCGCAGCCACGUGUCGAGGGAUGGCCCCGGUACUCGUCGAGCUGGACCAGGUACUCCUCGACGGCCUGCGCGAUAGGGAUGUUUCAGAUGAACUUCCCCAGGUUUCCCCACGUGGCGCAGCAUACAUCCUUUUCACAUCUGGCUCUACAGGCAAGCAGAAAGCCAUUGUCGUGGAGCACUCCGCGCUCUCCGGAAGCCUGCUCGGCUUCAACCGGGCCUACGGCCUGGAUGGGGAGUCGCGUGUGCUUCAGUUUUCAAGUUUCGCUUUCGACGUGAGCUUGAGCGAGGUGUUUGAGACUCUGGUUUUUGGAGGGACUGUUUGCAUGCCAUCGGAUAGACAGAGAAUAGAGUCUCUCCCCCAAUUUAUUCAAGAUGCUAAAGUGAACACGGCCAUGCUCACGUCGUCAUACCUCAAGGCCUUGAAGCCAUCAGAAGUGCCCUCCCUUCGCAUGUUGAUGCUCGUCGGCGAGGCUCCCACAAGAGACACCAUCCAGACGUGGUUCCCGCACACACGGCUCAUUAAUGCAUAUGGCCCGUCUGAAGUGUCAAUCUUUAUCGGCUCAUAUGAGUAUCAAUCCCCUGAUGACCAACCGACCAACGUCGGCCGAGGCUUCAGUGGCAACAUGUGGAUCGUGGAGCCUGACAAUCACAAUAUGAUCGCUCCUGUUGGUUGCAUUGGCGAGAUUCUGAUUGAGCGCGACAUGGCUCGUGGAUAUCUGAACAACAAGGAACGAACAGACGCCGCUUUUAUUCGUCAAGUGGACUUCCUGGACGUGGCAUCGAUGGAUGCGGCAGUCAAGUUCCACAAGUCCGGUGAUCUGGCACGGUAUAACCCUGAUGGAACGAUUGAGUACCUCGGCCGUCGUGAUACUCAGACCAAAUUAAGAGGAUAUCGCAUUGAGCUAGGAGAGAUUGAGUAUAAUAUUCAACGCUGCCUCGGAAACGUUGAGUACGUGGCUGCUGAUGUAGUCACAAUGGGCUCACAGCCCACUCUUGUUGCGUUCAUGAGCUUCGCGGACGUGGGUGACAACGUCGAAACUGAAGGUCACAACCUUCCCGAGAACUUUGAUAUCCCAUCCGAGAGUCUCAAGGAGCGGUUCGCCGCUUUGACCGGCGAACUGAAGGAUGUGUUACCUCAUUAUAUGGUUCCCACGGUGUUCUUCCCUCUCAACAAGAUGCCAUUGAAUAACUCUCUCAAGCUUGAUCGUGGUAGGCUGAAGAGCCUCUUUUCGGAAUUGAAUCAAGAGCAGUUGGGUCUCUUUUCGCUCAGCAAAAGGGCAAAGCACGAGCCAACCACUGCCAUGGAAUACAGACUUCGAUCUCUCUGGGCGCAGGUAUUUACGAUUGAAGAGGAGCAGAUCGCCAAGACGGAUGACUUCUUCCAGCUUGGUGGAAAUUCACUCCUUGCAAUUGAACUCAUGUCUUUAGCCCAAAAGCAGAAUCUUUCUCUGUCGGUGGCGGAUGUGUUCAAGCACUCGAGGCUGGACGAGCUCGCAUCGACCACUGUUGAGCAAGCCAUGGACACAUAUGAUGCUCCGCCAUUCAAUAUGCUCUCUCUUCCCAAAGCAGACCUACUAUCAGAGACACAGAAGUACGAUCUAAGUGAUAUGGCCGUGGUUGAGGAUGCUUUCCCUGCCACUCCAAUUCAGGAGGCCUUGAUGGCACUUACUGUCCGCCAGCCUGGCUCAUACCUGGAUCAUCUUCUCUUCGAGAUCAGUGAUGCUACGGACAUUGCUAAGUUCAAGGCCGCCUGGGAUCAAACGGCCCAGAUGUGCGGCAAUCUGCGAACCAGAAUCUUUCACCAUCACGGCGAAACCAUGCAAGUCGUCGUGCAGAACGAUAAAACCUGGGACUUGGCCACGGGAGCUUCAAUGCGGGAGUUUAGAAAGAGCAUUGAGAGACAGCCCAUGGGAUAUGGCACUAGGCUGUGUCGUUAUGCUGUUGUGAAGGAAUCAGGAAAGCACUACUUCGCCCUCGCCAUCCACCAUGCCGUGUACGAUGGCUGGACCAUGAACGUGAUGCUCCGAACGUUGGUUCAGAACUACUUCGGACAUGCCACUUCUGUCCAGCCAUAUUCCAGGUUUGUUAAGUACACCAUGGCUGUUGGCGAGGAGACCCAGCGUAGCUACUGGGAGAAGUAUCUUUCGGGCGUGUCACACACCCCUUUCCCUCAAAACAGUACAUCGACAGAGUGCAGUACGCGCACGAGUGUCAAGGCCCUUAGAUUUUCAAGGUCAACCGGCAGUACAGUCACCGUGGCUACCAUAAUACGUGCUGCCUGGGCCAUUGUUAUCGGAAGACACUGCGACGCAGACGACGUUGUGUUUGGCAUGACAGUGUCCGGCCGGCAAGCGCCUGUUCCUGGUAUCGGUGACAUUCCAGGUGUAGCUAUUGCUACUCUUCCCAUCCGUACCCGCCUUGAUAGGACUAGACCAGUCUCUCAGUAUCUUCGUGAUCUUCAGGCUGAAGGCUCCGAGAUGAUUCCGUUUGAGCAGUAUGGUCUCCAAAAGAUUGCCAGAAUCAACUCCGAGACGGAGGAGGCUAGCAAGUUCCAGAAUCUGCUCGUAAUUCAACCGUUUUCGGUCUUGGAUGCUCUCUCGGAAUCAUCUGAGGGCAUUCUACGACCCAUUGAGCGCAUUGGAGAUACAGAGUAUGCCACCAUGGAAGGCUACUUCAAUUUCCCACUUGUUGUGCAAUGCUACAUCUCCGAUCGCGAGUCGCAUCUCCAUGUGACUUACGACUCGAGAGUUAUUUCCUCCACCAAGGUCGAUGCCCUUACUGAGCAGUUGAACCACGUUAUCCAUCAAUUAUUGCCGGAGAAUAAGUCCUUGGGAGCGAACGAGAUUACGCUUGGUGACAUCUCGGUCAGCGGCCGAUGGGAUCUUGAACGCGCGUUGGAAGCCAACUCUGUUACGCCAACUGUAAUCGAGAAGUGCGCUCAUGAAAUCAUCGAGGAGCAAGCCCAGGCGACUCCUGACGCGCUUGCCAUUGUGGCCUGGGAUGAGAAGUUUACCUACGGGGAAUUUGACAAAGCAGCCAACAGACUGGCUCAUCAUCUUAUUGAUGUCAUGGGUGUGAAGACCGGUGACUUUGUCCAUACCUGCUUUGAACACUCCGCUUGGCAUUUCAUUUCGUUCCUAGCCAUCAACAAGGCUGGCGCUGCAUGGGUUCCUCUUGACCCGGCUCACCCCAAGGCCCGUCUAGCUCAGAUCAUCUCUCAGACUGGCGCCACUCUCGCACUGGCAUCUGAGACGAACCAGGCGAUCUGUAACCAAGUCAUCGAUCAAACCCUUGUUAUAUCGAGGGACUUCCAUAAUGAGCUUAAAUCCACGCAUGAUGACAAGCUGGCUUAUGUUCUCUUCACAUCUGGAAGCACGGGUACUCCGAAGGGCUUCGUGAUUGAACACCGGUCGCUCUCUAGCGGCCAAACCAGGGCUGGUAAGUGGCUUGGAGUCACACCCAACGUCCGCAUUCUCCAGUUUGCGUCGCUGGUCUUUGAUUUGUCGAUUGGGGAGAUCUUUACGGCUCUGUUCCAUGGUGCUUCCAUUGCCGUACCUUCUGAGGAGACUCGGAUGAAUAACAUAAAGGACUUCAUUCGAGACUACGAUGUCACAUGGGCAUACCUCACGCCAUCGUUCACCCGGUUUCUCAGCGCGGAAGAGCUACCCAACCUUGAGCUGCUGAUGCUCGCUGGUGAGGCUAUCCCUCGCGACGUGUUUGAGAAUUGGGUUGGCAAGCUCCGCUUAAUAAAUGCCUGGGGCCCUGCGGAGGCCUGCUGCUUUGCAUCCUUCCAUGAAUGGACGUCAUCGGAUGAGUCGUCUUUGACGAUUGGCCGACCUGUUGGUACAAAUUGCUGGAUUGUUGACCCUGACGAUCCUCAGCGUCUUGCACCAUUCGGAAGCGCUGGCGAAGUCAUGAUCCAAAGUCCCCAGCUCUUGAGGGAAUAUCUAUCAGAUCCUGUCAAAACAAAUGCUGCUACAGUGACUGAGCUGCCCCAGUGGGCACCGAUGCGGGAUCUGCCCUACCUCAACCGCUUCUUCAAGACAGGCGAUCUUUGCUCUUAUAACCCUGACGGCACACUCGAAUUUAUCUCGCGAAAGGAUACUCAGAUCAAGAUUCGCGGCCUUCGAGUAGAGCUGGGAGAGGUUGAGCACCAUGUACAGGAGAAGCUCUCCGUGGCCCGGCAGUCGGCUGUGGAUGUUUUCAAAGGAGAGAAGGGCUCGAGCCUGGUUGCAUAUUUCUCUCUCACUAACGACACUAGCCCAGCAACUGAUGAUGAGGAUAUCUUUUUACCUCUCACACAGGAAUUGCAAGGACAUAUCGUCUCCUUGAUCAGCCAGCUAAGCAUUGAAUUGCCCAGCUAUAUGAUCCCAGAUCUUUUCAUUCAUUGCACCAAGUUGCCGUCGAAUAUCUCAACCAAAUUGGACAGGAAGGCACUGAAGAAGAGAACGGCUGCCUUAACAAAGGACCAGUUGGCUCACUAUGCCCUUGUCGACAGCAACAAACGGCCUCCUGAGACAGAGGUUGAAUCUAAUCUCCAGUUGAUCUGGGCAGAGCUACUCAACCUGGACCGGGAGGCAAUUGGUCGCGACGAUAGCUUCCUCCGCAUUGGCGGUGAUUCGAUCAUGGCAGUGUAUCUUGUGGCUGCAGCGCGCGAUAUUGGCCUGCAUCUCACUGUGAAGACUAUUUUCAGCGAUCCUCGUCUUUCGAGCGUGGCUGCCAACUGUGAAGUGAUGGACCCAUCCAGUAUGCCUGACUGGAGUGAUGUGAAGCCAUUCUCACUUAUCGAGCCUGCUACCCGUGAGGAAGUUGUUGCUUCUGUCAGGACACAGAGUGAUUUGUCGCCAGAGCAGGAAGUCGAAGAUGUCUACCCCUGUACACCCUUGCAACAAGGUCUGAUGGCCUUGUCCGCAAAGCAGCCCGGGUCAUAUAUUGCGAAAUGGGUUCACCGGCUGUCUGAUGAUGUUAAUGUCGCAUCCUUCAAGACUGCCUGGGAGAAAACGGUUGAGCAAUGUCCCAACCUGCGUACACGUAUGAUAAAUGCUUUGGAUACUACCCUCCAAGCGAUUGUGACCAAGGACAUUUCAUGGGAAUCCACAUCUGGGAUGGAUCUCGGUGCAUUUAUGAAGUUUGCUGGGCAAACGGAAAUGACGUUUGGAUCUAGACUGCACAGAUACGCCUUGGUGGAGGAAGACAAUGGCGAUCGCUAUUUUGUCUGGGUUGCGCACCAUGCUAUUUACGAUGGAUGGACUAUGCGCUUGAUCUUCAGCAUGCUCGCCGACAACUAUAUGGGCAUGGACUCACUGAAAAUCAACCCGUACUCAUCCUUCAUCAAGUACACUCAAAGCCUAGACGUCGAUUCCGCCAAAACGUUCUGGGGCUCUCAAUUGGAGGGUGCGAAACAUGCACCCUACCCGCAGGUUCCUGUCUCGAGGAGCUCUGACUCUGAGAGAACCUUCCGGCUCUUGCGGAAGAACAUGGAAUUUCCGUCGCUUACCGACACUUCGAUUACGAAAGCCACUAUUCUUCGCGCUGCUUGGGCUGUGGUCUUGGGACGCUAUUGCGAUACUGAAGAUAUUUGCUUUGGAACGACCGUGUCUGGUCGCCACGCUCCUGUGCCCGGCGUGGGUGAAAUGCCCGGACCGAUGAUUUCUACACUUCCAGUGCAUAUAGCCAUGGACAGCGAGAAAUCUAUAUCCUCAUUCCUUUACGAUGUUCAGAAUCAGGCGGCCGAAAUGGUUGCGUAUGAGCAGUUCGGCUUGCAAAACAUUGGCAAACUGGAUAUUUCUAUUCAAGAAGCCUGCAACUUUUCUAGUCUUCUCGUUAUUCAACCUUUCGAACAAAUGGCUGCCAUUGGAACCAACUCGGAUAGAAUUCUUCAGCUCGAUGCUUCCGCAAAACAUGGAACCGAGGACACCUUGCAAGGCUACUUCAGUUACCCGCUGGUUGUUCAGUGCGAGCCAUACGAAGAUCAGUUGGAUCUUAUCUUGACAUUCGAUUCAAACAUCGUGAAGCAAGAAGACAUGGAGCGUCUCUCGAAUCAUUUCCAACAUGUGGUGAAACAGCUACUGGCACAGGAUAACCGAAGACUUGGUGAUAUUUCUGUCUCAUCGCCGUGGGACCUUUACCAGGCUGUUAUGUUCAACGGAGAGGCUCCUCAAGUAGUAGAGAAUACACUGCACGAGAUGAUCGAACAUCAGGUCCGAAUUAGACCACACGAGCCUGCUAUCGUGGCCUGGGAUCGGCAAUUGACAUAUUCAGAGCUUGAUGUUCUAGCGAACAAACUGGCUCGAAUGCUCAGAGACAGCUACAAGGUUCAAAUCGGAGACUUCGUCCCGGUUUGCUUUGAAAAGUCUGUCUGGCACUUUGUUUCCAUUCUUGCAAUAAUGAAGUGCGGAGCUGCUUGGGUGCCUCUUGAUCCUGGCUAUCCUCUGGAGCGUAUGAGGAACAUUAUGCAUCAAACGAAAGCAAAGAUUAUUCUAGCUUCGCCUUUUAACUUGGCAACUUGUAAUGAGCUUGUUGGAAAAGUUCUCGAAGUAUCUGCCAACCUGGAGACGACUUUCCAAGAGCUUGAGCUCUCUGGCAAGGCACUGAAUGUCGAAGUUCUCCCUGACCAUGCCGCAUAUGUGCUCUUCACAUCAGGAAGUACAGGCGUACCAAAGGGACUCGUAAUGCAACAUGCAGCAGUAUGCAGUGCCCAACGAGCGAUUGCAGAGAGACUUGGACUGGAGCCAGCCGUGAAGAUGCUUCAAUUUGCUUCAUUCGUUUUUGAUCUGUCGAUUGGUGAGAUCUUUGCUCCCCUGAUAACAGGGGCUUGUCUUUGCAUUCCCUCAGAGCACGACCGGCUCAAUGACCUGGCUGGCUUCAUCUCUAGGACAGAAGUUACCUGGAGUUUCCUUACACCAUCUUUUGCAAGAACCCUCAAGCCAGAGACGGUGCCAUCUUUGGAACUUCUUUUAUUUGCAGGAGAAGCCGUUCCGCGAGACGUUUUUGAACUGUGGGUAGGGAAGGUCAGGCUCUGCAAUGGAUGGGGACCAGCUGAGACGUGCUGUUUCAGUACGCUUCAUGAGUGGCAUUCUGAUAAGGAAUCUCCUCUUACAAUAGGCCACCCGGUUGGGUCUUUCUGCUGGAUAGUUGAUCCUGAGAACCCACAUAGGUUAGCUCCUCUGGGCACUGUAGGCGAAGUGGUCAUUCAAGGCCCUACACUGCUACGGGAGUACCUCGCAGACAAAGCCAAGACUGAUUCGACUACUGUCCGUUCGCUACCUGCCUGGGCUCCUUCCUCUGAUGCUCCUCGCUUCGAUAGAUUCUUCAAGUCCGGAGAUUUGUGCUUCUAUAACGACGACGGUACCAUUGAGUUUUUGACUCGAAAAGACACACAAGUCAAGAUCAGGGGGCUUAGGGUUGAGCUGAGCGAAGUCGAGCACCAGAUCAAGUCGCAUCUCUCAGAUGCCUCGCAGGUUGCGGUUGACGUCUUCCAAGGAGCAGCGGGCGCGAGCCUCGUGGCCUAUCUCUGCUUUACGAAUGCAACUCGCACAGCUGAGCUUUCUAGUGAGAACAUGUUCGUCCCUAUCCAGCCUAGCAUACAACAACAGAUCUCGAUUAUGCUCAGCAAGCUUGCUGUUACUCUUCCACGAUAUAUGGUUCCGACAAUGGCUAUAACUUGUGACUAUAUGCCGUUUGUGACGUCUUCAAAGCUUGACAGGAAGAGGCUACGAGAAGAAACGGCCAAGCUUAAUAUUGAGCAGUUGAAUCACUACUCACUGCUUGAUGCAGAGAAGCGGGAACCCCAGACACCAACUGAAGUCCGGCUCCAGGCGAUGUGGGCGAAGACCUUGAGGAUCCCGACUGAAUCAAUCGGUCGGGAUGACAGCUUCCUUCGUAUUGGCGGUGACUCAAUUUCGGCCAUCCUAUUCGCCGGCGCUGCACGAGAGAAUGGAAUGAUGAUUCAGGUGAAGGAUAUUUUUGAAGACCCGAGGCUGUGCGUUGUGGCAGAGAAGGUUGUUGAAAUCCAAGCGACAGAUAACUCUCGACCGCCUGCACCUUUCAGCCUACUUGGCAUUUCGAAGGAAUUGAUUGAUGAAGUUAUUCUCAAAAUUAAUGAUCUCCCCGCCUCUGCGAGCAUUUCCGACGCUUACCCUUGUACUGCUUUGCAGGCAGGCUUGAUCGCACUCUCACUCACGCAGCCUAUGUCCUAUGUCGCUCGAUACGUGCACCGCAUCCCGGAUUCAGUGAACAUAUCGCAGCUUCGAGAGGCUUGGGAGAAGACAGUUGGAAUUUGCCAUAAUCUAAGAACGCGUAUCGUUCUCGUCUCAGGAAUGAGUAUUCAGGUCGUGGUUGAAAACGAUUCGAUUUGGGAGUCGGAAACCACAACUAGCCUUGACUCGUUCAUGGCCCAGAGCAAGCAAACGACUAUGACAUACGGUUCUAAGCUCUGCCGUGCAGCUCUUAUCCAGCAGGCGAAUGGAGAAAAUUAUUUUGCCUGGGCUGUUCAUCACUCAGUAUCGGACGGUUUCACACUCAGAAUGGUCAUGGAAACCUUUUAUUCCUUGUACAGCAAGACCCCAGGACCACAGUUGAGACCGUAUUCGUCCUUCAUCCAGCAUGUUUCUAGCAUUGACCAUGAGGUCGCUGUUAGAUACUGGAAAGACCAACUUGAAGGUGUGAGGCCGCCCUCUUUCCCUGCCAAGCAGAAGCCUUCAGGACAUAAGACAACCAGAAUCCUGUAUAAGGAUGUCAACUUCACGCGAUCCGACUUGUCUGUGACGCAGGCUACGCUUAUUCGUGCCGCAUGGGCUAUCGUGCUCAGCAGAUAUAGUGACACACCUGAUAUUUGCUUUGGAGCGACUCUUUCAGGGCGCCAGGCACCCGUAGAUGGUAUUACCGACAUGCCUGGCCUCGCCAUUGCGACGGUUCCUGUCCGUGUUCAGGUCGACAACGAUAUACAAAUCAAUGACUUCCUUCAAACCGUUCAAAGGCAAGCCGCCGAUAUGACUUCUUUUGAGCAAUUUGGAUUGCAAAACAUCUCAAAGUUGGGGCGAGAUGCACAGGAGGCUUGCGAUUUCACAAGUCUCCUUGUCAUCCAGCCCCAUGAGCAGAUGUUUGGUAACAUGAGCAACGAGUUCAUUUUUGGACCUGAGAAUGAGGUCUACAGCACUGAGGACGACAUGGAAGGAUAUUUCAACUAUCCUCUCGUAACGAUUGCAAAUAUCAUGCCUGACAACAUCAAACUGCAGUUAGUAUAUGAUGCAGAAGUCAUCAGUCCAGAACAGAUGGACGCUCUCUCACAGCACUUUGAUCAUGUAACCCAGCAGAUUCUUCAGCCCGGUACAAAGAGUCUUGGCUCUGUCUCCGUUUCUGGACCGUGGGAUCUCCAAAGAGCGAAGGAGUGGAAUUCAAACCAACCACGAUCAAUUCAAGCUUGCAUUCAUCACCUUAUUUCUCAAUGUGCUUCACACGACCCCACUCAAGAAGCCAUCUACUCAUCAGAGGGCAGCCUCACAUUUGGAGAGCUCGAGAGCCUUUCCAAUACUUUCGCUCGCUAUCUCGUCUCACAAGGCGUGAAGCUGGAGACUAUCGUUGCAUUCUGCUUUGAGAAAUCUAUUUGGACUAUUAUCGCAAUGUUGGGUAUCCUGAAAGCCGGCGGUACAUUUGUGGCUCUCGACCCUGCUCAGCCGGAACAGCGCAGGAGAACCAUCAUUCAGGAGACAGGCUCUCAGUACAUUGUGACCUCACCUAAGCUAGCUCGUAUUUCCUCAGACAUGGUGCCGAAUGUUAUCGAGCUUUCGCUUUCUUUCCUCGAAAGACUUCCUAGGCCCACAGACACAACCAAGAAGAUUGCAUUGCCCCAGUCUUCCCCUGAUAACACCGCAUACAUCAUCUUCACGUCUGGUUCAACAGGAACCCCCAAGGGGAUCAUCGUGAAACACUCGUCUGUGUGCACCUAUGUAUUGGGCGCUGAUCGCAUAUACGCAUUAGACAACAACACACGCAUGCUGCAGUUCUCCAAUUACGUGUUUGAUGUGAGCAUGGGAGAAAUCCUCGAGACUUUGGCUAUGGGCGGGACAAUCUGCACUCCCUCGGAACAGGAGCGUAUGGAGUCUCUCCCUCGAUUCAUGGAAAAGGCCAAGGUAAACACAGCCAUGCUUACGCCAUCAUAUAUCAAGACAAUGGAGCCGGCAGACGUACCUUCUCUCAAGCUCCUAGUCACUACCGGAGAGCCAUCAACUAGGGAUAUUGUGAAGAAAUGGCAGCCUCAUGUGAGACUCAUCAAUUCGUAUGGGCCCGCAGAGGUGACUAUCAAUGUUGGUGCUUAUGAGUACCAGUCCCCCGAGGACCAAGUCACCAACAUAGGCCGCGCUUGGGGUGGUCAUAUGUGGGUUGUUGAACCGGACAAUCAUAACAGAAUUGCUCCAAUUGGUUGUAUCGGUGAGAUUCUGAUUCAGCGAGAUAUCUCACAGGGCUAUCUUAACAACGCGGAGAAGACGAAACAAAACUACAUCAAAGCUGUUGACUUCCUAUCAGUGGAGGACCCAUCCGUCAAGUUCUAUAAAUCUGGGGACUUGGGGCGAUAUAAUAUGGAUGGAACGGUUGAGAUCAUUGGCCGUCGCGAUACUCAGGCCAAGCUUCGUGGUCAGCGUCUGGAACUUGGCGAGAUUGAGUAUUACAUCAGACAACAGUUUGAUGACAUUGAACUUGUGGCCGCUGACGUGAUGCCUGUUCGAUCCCGUGCAACCCUGGUUGCAUUCAUAAGUUUCAAGCCAGGAUUUGAUUCGUUCCAGCCAUCAGAGCUUCCUCUGCCGUUCAUGCAGCCAAGCGAAAGCUUGAUGCAUAGAUUGAACGUCCUUGUUGAGAGUCUGCGAGCUAUUCUCCCGGGAUACAUGGUUCCUUCUUUUUUCAUGACUCUUGAUUCAAUGCCCCUGAACACAUCGUCGAAACUGGAUCGCAAGCGGGUAAAAAUGCUCGCAUCGGCCUUGAACCAGGAGCAAAUGGGCGUUUACUCUCUCGACAGUGCCGAGAAGAUACAAGCAACCACGAGAAGAGAAUUGCUGCUGCGGGAUUUGUGGUCCCAAAUUCUGGAAGUAGACGAAGAGAGCAUUGGAAAGAGGGACAACUUCUUCCAAAAUGGAGGUAGCUCCAUCUUGGCUAUUCAACUGAUGUCUCUUGCUCAAAAGCAUGGUAUCUCAUUGUCUGUUGCCAAUAUUUUCGCACACCCAAGCCUUGAAGACAUGGCAUUAAGCAUGAAUGAGGAAACAGUGGAGGCUGCUACCAUUCCACCAUUCAGUAUGCUACCAUUAGCUGAGGAGACUGUGAAGAGUGAAGUCCAAAGCCAAAGUGAGAUAUCUUCACUUAUCGAAUUUGAAGACAUGAUGCCAACCACCUCGCUACAAGAAGGGCUUAUGGCACUCAACCUCAAGCAAUUCUCCUCUUACACUGCAUAUAUUCCUUUCCGGAUUGCUGAAUCAGUCAACAUCGACAGGCUCAAAGCUGCAUGGGAACAAACUGUGCAGACCUGCACUAAUCUACGGACAAGGAUCUUUCAUGUUCAAGGACACACUCUUCAAGCCAUUGUCAAGGAGCAGGCGAUCUGGGAAGAAUUUGACGAUUUGUCCCUACGAGGGUUCAAGAAACAUAUCGAAUCUAAGCCUAUGGGCUACGGAUCAAGACUUUGCAGAUAUGCUAUUGUCAAUGACAACGGACAUUCCUAUUUCGUGCUGGCCAUCCAUCAUGCUGUGUAUGAUGGCUGGAGCUUAGGUUUAGUUCUACGGACCAUUCUGAGCCGUUAUCUUGGAACUGAGGCCCCAACGAUUCAGCCAUACUCUGGCUUCAUUUCGUACAUCAGCCAGCUGGAUGAGGAUAGCAUGUAUAAUUACUGGAGAGACUACCUCCAGGGCUCGGUGCAAACCUCAUUCCCAGUCAAAAAAGCCAACGGACCAAGUGAGUCUCGCACCUGUAUUAAACCAAUCACGUUCCCUGAAUCAACGGACAAUACGAUCACGAAGGCCACAAUCAUACGAGCCGCAUGGGCCAUAAUACUUAGCAAGUAUUGUGAAACUGAUGACGUUACGUUCGGAAUGACACUUUCGGGGCGUCAGGCCACAGUUCCUGGUGUAAUAGAAAUGGCUGGUUUGACUAUCGCUACAGUCCCUAUCCGGGUCCAAAUUGAGAAAAAGGGACGCGUCUCCGAAUUCCUACACCAUCUCCAGACUGAAGCUUCAGCUAUGAUUCCAUACGAACAAUAUGGACUACAGAGAAUUUCAAAGACAAGCCCAGAAGCUCAGCAGGCUUGCGAUUUCCGAAGUCUGCUUGUUGUUCAGCCCUUCUCAGCGCUUGAUGCGAUGGAUGAAACUUCAGAAGAGAUCCUAGAGCAAUUAAGCGACCCUGAUCUUGAGGACUUUUUCAACUACCCUCUUGUCAUUCAAUGUGAGAUGUCUGAAUCCAAAACCGAGUUGCACAUCACACACGAUUCCCAAGUUAUUGAUAGUGGUCGGAUUGAUGCCCUCUCUGUCCAUUUCCAGAAUGUCGUCAACCAGUUGUUGCCAGAGAGUCAAAAGGAAAUUGAAGAGGUAGAGCUUACUUCUUCUUGGGACUUUGAGAAAGCUCUGGAAUGGAAUGGGCAGCCGGAAAAAACGGCACACACGUGCUGGCAUGAAGUCUUCCGGGCCAAUGCCAGAGCCUAUCCUCACGAUGUUGCUGUCAAUGCAUGGGAUGGCACUCUAACGUACCAACAGUUGGAUGAGACAACCGAUAGGCUUGCAUAUCAUCUGAUUCACUUACAGCAUAUCCAACAAGGAGACAUGGUGGUUGUGUGUUACGAGAAGUCACUUUGGUAUACUGUCUGCAUUUUGGCUGUUAGUAAAGCUGGAGCUACUUGGGUUCCAAUUGACCCGUCUCACCCUAGACAACGUCACGAGUCUAUCAUCAACCAAGCAGAUGCCAGAAUUGCUCUUUCUUCAUCGAUGCAUUUGGAAUAUUGCCAGAAAAUUAUCGGGACCGUGCUGGAGGUUACGCCUGAGCUUGAUGUCCAGCUGCAACAGAAGCUCGCUUCUGAAGAUGUUUCGCUCCCUCAGGUAUCCCCAAAGAGCGUCGCUUAUGUGCUGUUCACAUCUGGAAGUACUGGUACUCCAAAAGGGUUCGCAAUUGAACAUUGCUCCGUUGCGACUAGCCAGCUGACUCUAUGGGAAAAACUGUCUGUGCCACACGACGCCCGGGUCUUACAGUUUGCAUCCCAUGUUUUUGAUUUUGCGAUCUGUGAAAUAAUCGGCUCCCUAAUGGAAGGAGUUGCUAUAUUUGUCCCAUCGGACCAAGACCGAAUGAGCAAGUUAGUCGACUUCAUUAACUCAAAUGGAAUUGACUCGUUGUUCUUGACGCCAUCAUUCGCUCGCACUCUGCCCAUAUCGGAGCUUCCUCGCGUCAACCUUUUGUUCCUUGCAGGCGAGACUGUUACCAAGGAUAUUUUGGACACAUGGUUUGAGCAAGCCCGUAUCUUCAACGCAUGGGGCCCGGCAGAAACCGUUGUUUGCAACACCGUUCAUCAAUAUCGCUCAGUUUACGACUCACCAGCCAACAUUGGUAAGUCAACUGGCGGAUUCUGUUGGCUUGUAGACCCCCAGAACCCGCAUAAACUAGCACCAAUCGGAACCAUUGGUGAAGUAGUAAUUCAAGGUCCAACUAUCAUGCGUCAUUAUGUUGGCGAUGAGGUGAAAACAAACAACACAAUAAUGCCAGCCCCUGAAUGGGCACCGUUCCAUGACGUUCCUGGAUGGGAUCGAAUUUUCAAGACUGGAGACCUUUGCUAUUAUAACUCGGACGGAACUAUGGACUUCUUGUCUCGAAAGGAUACCCAAGUGAAGAUUCGGGGUCUCCGCGUCGAACUUGGCGAGAUCGAGUAUCACAUCCGGCAUUCUCUUCCUGAUAUUGUUCAGGUGGCUGUUGACGUAAUUAGUUACGCCAAAUCGUCGCAGCUAGUGGCUUACAUGUGUUUCACGGACGAGACACGCUUGGACUACAAUUCAGCUGAUGUUUUCCACUCACUCUCAUCGGAUCUCCAUGACCAAAUGGUUGAGCUCCUCGGAAAGCUUGGCUCGCUUCUCCCUACCUAUAUGCUGCCAUCAAUCUUUAUUCCUUGCAACUUCAUGCCUUCGAUAACAUCUACCAAGUUAGACAGAAAGACAUUAAAAGAUUUAGCCACAUCUCUCAGUCAGUCACAGCUUUCGCACUAUUCCCUGGUCAAUGCAACAAAGCGAAAGCCUGACACCCCAAUGGAACGUCGUCUCCAACACAUCUGGGCCAAUGUACUCAGUCUUCCCGAGGAUGCUAUUGGCAAGGAUGACAGCUUUAUCCGUAUUGGUGGAGAUUCUGUAACUGCAAUAUAUCUGUGCAGCGCGGCGAGAAAAUUCGGAAUCGACCUCCAGGUCAAAGACAUCUUUGACGAUCCCCGCCUCUGUGCGGUUGCCGAAAAGGCUGUCAUGGUUGGAUCGAUGACGGAAACAAGCGACGAAAUUAAGCCUUUUGAGUUGUUGGAUUUCGAUAUUUCCUCACACCAGGAUAAGAUACGUCAAACCUGUGGCCUGAGAGACGACCAGGUUAUCGAGAAUGCUAUGCCUGUCACUCCACUCCAGGAGGGUUUCAUCGCUUUGUCAGUGAAACAGCCUGGAUCUUAUAUCGGAAGAUGGAUCUAUCGCCUAGGUGACAACGUAAACAUUCACCGCUUCAAAGAGGCCUGGGAAGCAACUAUUCGACGCUGCAACAAUACACGGAGUAGAAUGGCUGCUGUCGCUGGCCGGACGAUACAGGUCUACAUCAAAGAUGACAUCCAAUGGGAGGAUACCUCGAGGUUGAAUCUAGAGGAAUUCCUUGAGAAAUCUAGAAGUAUUGAAAUGACUCUUGGGAGCCGCCUGAAUCGGUAUGCUCUUAUCCAAGAAUCAUCGGGUGACAACUUCUUUGUCUUUCUUGCUCAUCAUUCGAUUUACGAUGGGUGGACAAUGCGUAUUAUUCUCGAUACCGUGUCCAAACAGUAUGAGUCUGUGUCUACAAUCAUACAACCAUUUGACAAUUUCAUCAAGUAUGUCAGUGCUAUCGACCAAAAGGCUGCCGGGGAUUACUGGCGCACGCAGCUCCAAGGUGCGAAGCGUGCUGGAUUCCCACGUACCGCAAAGACCCUUGGGGUUAGCAAGGUGAUGAACAGAGUCGUCAACUUGAAAGACACAAGCAUGUCUGUGACAAAAGCCACACUGGUUCGAGCGGCAUGGGCACUGGUUCUGGCUAGAUAUGCUGAUACGGAGGAUAUAUGCUUUGGAACCUCCGUUUCUGGCCGCCAAGCUGCUGUCCCCGGGAUUGGUGAUAUGGCUGGUCCGGCGGUUGCAACAAUUCCUAUCCGUGUUCGCUUGGACAAGGAAACUCGUGUUUCUGAGUUUUUAAAUAAGAUCCAAGUCCAGGCUACCGACAUGAUAUCAUUUGAGCAAACGGGCAUUCAAAAUAUUGCAAAGCUAAGUGAUGAAAUUAGAGAGGCUUGCGACUUUUCGAGCCUGCUCGUCAUUCAGCCUGUUGAAGCUAUGGGACAAGUCGGAAAGGAUUCUGAGAGCCUUUUAAUAACUGUGAACGAUGAUUACGAGGGCACAAGUCAAUCGAUGAAUGGCUACUUCACCAUGCCUCUUGUCAUGCAAGCACUACUUUCGGAAACCGAGCUGUGUCUUGAUGUCACCUAUGACACCGCAGUAAUUUCUGAAGUCCAAGCUACAGCCCUCGUCAAUCAGAUGGAGCAUGUCAUGAACGCACUUCUUACACAUCAGGAAGAGUCACUUGCAAAUCUGGCCGUUGCCGGGGAAUGGGACCUCGCCCAGGCUAUAGCAUUCAAUAGAAACAUGCCCGAGGUCAUAGAGUCGACUUUCCACCAAAUAGUGGAGAGACAUUCAGCAAGUAAUCCAGAGUCUAUUGCCGUCGACGCUUGGGAUGGAUCAUUCACAUACAGGGAAUUGAAUGACAGAGCCAACCGCCUGGCGAGUUAUCUAAACGUACGUAACCUUGUGAAGCCGAGAGAUCUUGUCCAUGUUUGUUUUGAGAAAUCAGCUUGGUAUCUGGUGGCUAUCCUGGCUAUCAACAAGGCCGGUGCGGCAUGGGUACCGCUAGACCCAUCCCAUCCUGAACAUAGGAGAAAGCAAGUUGUUUUACAGACGGGUGCUACUUUGAUUCUUGCCUCACCAAGCAACGCUGAAGCGGCCGAAGACAUGGUUGAGACUGUUAUCCAGGUGUCACCUGAGCUGGAUAGCGAGUUGAUCAAUCGCAAGGAUGUAUUAACAUCAGGAGUCUCCCUCAAUGUGUCACCGUCUGACGCUUGCUAUGUUCUCUUCACGUCUGGAUCAACUGGUGCACCUAAGGGUUUUGUCAUCGAGCAUAUGUCGCUGUGUACUACUCAAAAAGCAUUUUCAAACCGUCUUAGGAUGACUUCUGAGGCCAGGGUCCUUGCAACCGCAUCCCAUGUAUUCGAUAUGUCUAUUGGGGAGAUAGCCUUUGGUCUCCUGGCUGGGGCUACAGUGUGUGUGCCAUCUGAAUCAGACAGGAUGAAUGAUUUAGCGGCCUUCAUUACCAAUCGCCGUGUCACCUGGACGUGGCAAACACCGGCAUUUGUUCGCACUAUGAGACCAGAGACGAUGCCAUCGUUGGAAGUCAUGGUGCUAGCUGGUGAAUCCGUCGGUCGCGAUAUCUUCGAGAGCUGGUUUGGUAAAGUCCGACUGAUAAAUGGCUGGGGGCCGGCCGAGACUUGCUGCCUUAGCUCUCUGCAUGAGUGGACAUCUCCAACAGAGUCACUAUCGUCAAUUGGAACUCCCUUGGCGGAGUUCUGCUGGAUUGUGGAAGCUGGCAAUCCGAACAGGCUUGCCCCAAUUGGCACUGUUGGAGAGGUAGUAAUCCAAGGUCCGACAUUGCUUCGAGAGUAUCUGAACAAUCCCGAACAAUCUGCGAGGUCAAUAAUCACGGACCUGCCAGAAUGGGUGCCAAAUAGACAACAGUGGAACCGAUUCUAUCUUACUGGUGACCUGUGUUCAUACAAUGACCAGGGUUCUCUGGAGUUUGUUAGCCGCAAAGACAACCAGGUCAAAAUCCGGGGCAUGCGUAUUGAGCUAGGGGAAGUGGAGCACCAAAUUCAAUCUCUGUUGCCGCCUGAUUGCCAAGUUGCGGUAGACAUUUUCAAAGGCACUGCUGGGUCUACACUGGUGGCAUAUAUAUGUUUCACUCAGGCAGCUAGAUAUGCUGGUUCCAGUGAUGACUGGACUGAUUUGUUUUCUCAGACAGAUUCUCCCGUACCACAGAUGGUUUCUGGUAUUCUUCACGAACUAGAAAUGGCACUUCCUGGGUAUAUGAUCCCAUCGAUAUUUGUGCCAUGCCAGUACAUGCCCUUUAUCACAUCAACGAAACUUGCGAGGCGGGUUUUGCUCGAAGAGACGGCGAAUCUUUCCCCAGAUCAGUUAAAUCAAUUCUCUCUCUCAAACAUUGACAAGCAUACACCAGAGACGGCUACUGAAAUCCAACUGCAGCCUAUCUGGGCACAAGUGUUGAGCAUUCCGGCCGACAGCAUUGGCCGCGACGAUAGCUUUCUACGCAUUGGUGGAGAUUCAAUCACUUGCAUCAUGCUUUGCAACGCUAUGCGAGAGAAUGGCCUCUCGAUUGAAGUUAGAGAUGUUUUUGAGGAUCCUCGUCUUCACGCUGUUGCGCGCAAGGCCAUCCCAGCUGAACCCUCAACGGGUCUCAGCCACCCAGAGCCGUUCAGUCUCCUUACUGCACCACAUGAUGAUCUCGAAGCUUCUAUACGUCGUGAAAUGAAGCUGCCAGCUGGAGUUGAUAUUUCUGAUAUGUAUCCUUGUACGCCACUUCAGGAAGGAUUGCUGGCCCUGUCAGUUACCCAGCCAAAAUCGUACAUUGCUCGCCAUGUGUAUAGAAUUCCUGUUGGGGUUGACAUUUCUCGCCUCAAGGGAGCAUGGGAGCGAACUGUGACCCUCUGUGUAAACCUUCGAACGCGAAUAUUAUUGAACAAGGGCACAGCAAUCCAGUGUCUCCUAGAAAAUGAGCCUGUUUGGGAGAGUCAAACGACAGACAGUCUUCUAGCCUUCCUGGAGCAGAGCCGACAGAUUCGAAUGACAUAUGGAUCUCGACUGAAUCAAUUUGCCAUCAUUGAAGAGCCUACCGGCUCCAAAUACUUUGUUUCAAUUACGCACCAUUCUGUCACUGAUGGCUGGACACUUCGACUAGUGAUGGACACGUUCCAUGCGCUCUACACGGAAGAAACUGGAUUCAACUUGCAGCCAUACUCCAGCUUUGUUAACUACAUUAUGAAGCUUGAUCAAAGUGCUUCUGGUGAAUACUGGAAAACGCAGCUUUCCGGAUCCAGGAAAUUAUCUUUCCCUCCAACCACAAAGAGUAGCCACAGUGUCCGAUCGGACGUGUUGUAUCAUGAUGUUAACUUAUGCAAACCCGAAGAUGAGGUCAUUACUCAGGCUACAGUCGUAAGAGCAGCUUGGGCUAUUCUUCUAGGGCGGUACAGCGAUACAAGCGAUGUUUGUUUCGGUACUACUGUGUCCGGGCGCCAAGCAGCUCUCCCUGGCAUCACCAAUAUCCCUGGGAUCACACUUGCAACUGUUCCCGUUCGCAUCCAACUCAACCCAAAUCUUACGGUUGGAGAUUUCCUGACAGAUAUCCAAAACCAAGCUUCGGAGAUGACGAGAUACGAACAAUUCGGCAUCCAGAAUAUUGCAGGCCUCAGCCAGGAUAUAAAAGAGGCGAUAGACUUCACAAGUCUACUCGUUAUCCAACCAAUCGACCAAAUGUUCAAUACUGAAUCCGACAACACAUUCAUUGAGCCCAUUGAUGACUCUACAUACAAUGUCGAUAGUGAUAUGGAUGGAUACUUCAGCUAUCCCCUAGUUGUAAUGGCUAAUUUGUAUUCUGAUAAGGUUCAAUUACAGAUUGUCUACGAUGCGGACCUCCUGAACCGCCAUGCGAUUGAAGCCUUUGCGAAUCAAUUUAGGCAAAUUUUCCAACAGCUUAUUGAACAUACUACAAGCUCCUUGGAGUCAAUUUCCGUGGCUGGUCCAUGGGAUAUCAAAAAAGCCGAAGAGUGGAACUUGUCUGCACCAAAACCUGUUCAGAAAUGCGUGCACAACUUAAUCUCCGAGAAGGCUGCGGAGCUUCCCGACCAAGAAGCCAUUUUUACAUCUGAUGGUAGCUUGACUUACAGCGAGCUUGAUAUGCUGUCCAGUAAGCUAGCCCUGUAUCUAAUGUCACUUGGGAUCGGUCCAGAGACCCUUGUUCCAUUCUGCUUCGAGAAGUCCAAGUUCGCGAUUGUUUCUAUGCUUGGUAUUCUGAAAGCAGGCGGUGUAUUUGUUCCACUUGAUCCUUCGCAUCCAAGAAGCCGUCGACAAGCUGUGGUUGAUGAGACAGGCUGCGAAUUCAUUUUAAGCUCUCCAGAAUCAGCCUCAGCUUGCGGCUCGAUGACCCCUAAAAUCAUCGAGAUUUCUGACGUCUUCUUUGAACGAAUGCGGGAUCUCACGAGCUUCAACCCAGAAAAGGCUCCACGAGCAGGUCCUCAGAAUGCUGCAUAUGUAUUGUUCACCUCGGGUUCUACCGGGAAGCCAAAGGCCAUUAUAGUUGAACAUUCCGCGCUGUGUGGCAGCCUUCUAGGAGAAGGUAGAGUUUACCAUCUCGGUAGCCAAUCUCGGGUUUUGCAGUUUUCCAAUUAUGCUUUUGACGUCAGCCUUUGUGAAAUUUUGGAAACUCUUGUCUUCGGAGGCACUGUAUGCAUACCUUCAGACAAACAGAGGCUGGAAUCGCUGCCUCGUUUCAUGGAAGACGCUCAGGUCAAUACAGCCAUGUUGACCUCAUCUUAUCUGAGGACGUUGAACCCAGCCGACGUCCCAUCUUUGCGUAUGUUGAUGUUGGUUGGUGAAGCUCCCAGUCAAGACAUAAUUACCACGUGGCAGCCACGAGUCAGGCUGAUUAAUGCUUAUGGUCCAUCGGAAGUCUCCAUCUUCAUUGGGUCACACGAGUAUAAAUCUAUCGAUGAUCAGGCCACGAAUGUUGGCACAGCCUUUGGUGGAAAUAUGUGGAUUGUCGAGCCAGAUGAUUUUAACAAACUUUCACCGAUUGGAUGUGUCGGUGAGAUUCUCAUCCAAAGGGAUAUGGCCCGUGGGUAUCUCAACGAUGAGCAGAGAACCAAUGCCGCAUUCAUCAAGCAGGUCGGAUUUCUGGGUGCUACCGAAUUCCCGAUUAAGUUUCACAAAUCUGGAGAUCUUGCGCGAUACAAUCCAGAUGGUACUAUUCAAUACCUUGGUCGCCGGGAUACUCAGACUAAGCUUCGUGGUUAUCGGAUCGAACUGGGAGAAGUGGAAUAUAACAUCCAAAAUCUGCUUCCAAAUGUAGAGCACGUUGCCGCAGAUGUCGUCUCAGUCGGUUCACGAGAGACUCUUGUUGCGUUCUUGAGCUUUAAGAACCCAUCAGAUGAAACAGAUUUUGCAGUCGACGUAUCUGCCACAAAUCCAUUUAUGGUUCACUCAGACAAGAUGAAGCAGAAAUUACAGAAACUGCUUGACGAUCUUUACACUGUUCUUGCAAGUUAUAUGGUUCCAUCAGCUUUCCUCCCACUUCGGGAGAUGCCUCUCAACAACUCAUUGAAGCUAGAUCGAGGUAGACUUCGAGCUUUGGCUUCAAGUCUUACGCAAGAGAAAUUAGGCCUAUUUUCCGUCGAUACUGGAGAAAAGAUUGAGCCAGUCACGGAAAUGGAGAUCAAACUACGUUCUCUGUGGUCUGAAGUACUAGAGGCUGACGUUGCUACUAUCGGGAGAUCUGACAACUUUUUCCAGGUGGGAGGUAACUCUCUCGUGGCAAUUCAACUUAUGAGCAUUGCGCAGGAGCGAAAUAUUUCGCUCACUGUAGCUGACAUCUUCGCGCAUCCCCGGUUGGAGGCCAUGGCUCUGGCGGUAUCCGGAACACAUAUUGAAGUUCAGGACGUUGCGCCACUGAGCAUGUUAUCUAUUUCGCGUGAAGACCUCGACUUGCAGCUUCUAGAGCAGUCCGAUAUUCUAGUCACGUCAAUCCUUGAAGACGCUCUUCCCACCUCACCCCUUCAGCAAGGCCUCAUGGCCUUGUCUGCUAAGGAAGCUGAAUCAUACAUCGCAUUCGCCGAUUUUGAAAUCUCCCCCUCUAUUGACAUUGAUCGGUUCAAAAAGGCGUGGGAUCAGACAGUUCAGAUUUGCAGCAGCUUACGGACCAGGAUGCUUCACAUUCACGAUCAGACUGUUCAAGUCAUCCUCAAACAGUCUUCCACUUGGGACCUUGCUGAUGGCAUUUCCAUGUCCUCGUUCAAAGAAUUUGUGAAAGGAAAGUCCAUGACCUAUGGGUCCAAGCUUUGCUACACCGCGAUCACCGAAGACAAUAAUCGCCGGUUCUUUGCUCUUGCUAUUCAUCACGCAGUUUACGAUGGUUGGACCAUGGGAUUAGUGUUACGCACUCUCCACUCGAUUUACACGGGAGGCACGCCGCCUGUCAUCCAGCCUUAUGCACGAUUUAUCAAGUAUACGCAGGACAUUCUGGAUGAUACAGCUCGUCAAUACUGGCAAAACUACUUGAAGGAUGCAACCUCGGGUUCGUUCCCCCGCGCUGCAAAGAGUUCGACAGAGAGCGUGACUUCCACCGUCGUCCGCACUAUCAAGUUCCCUUCUUCUAGCAAAACCUCCAUUACCAAAGCUACCAUCAUCAGGGCCGCCUGGGCUAUUAUCCUCUCCAGGUACUGUGAUUCUGGCGAUGUCACGUUUGGUAUGACCCUAUCUGGACGCCAAGCUCCUGUUCCUGGGUUGGCUGAUAUGACUGGUCCUGCAAUUGCUACUGUUCCUAUCCGUGUCAAUCUCAAGAAGCUAGGUUCAACCGUUGCCGAAUUUCUUCAAAAUUUGCAAAAUGAAGCUUCCGAAAUGAUUGCUCAUGAACAAUAUGGUCUGCAAAAUAUAGCCAAGACCGGGCCUGAUGCGCAGGAGGCCUGUAACUUCCAGAGUCUCCUUGUGAUUCAGCCAUUCUCCCCAUUGGAAGACAUUUCCAACGGUCCCGAUGCCAUGUUCUUGCCUACUUCAAUCCAUGAAGAUGCGGAUGCUUCCGCAUUCCAAGGAUUCCUAAGCUAUCCCCUUGUUAUUAAUAGUCAUAUAUCUGAUGAGGAGGCACACCUUCAGCUGAUAUUUGAUGCUGCUUCAAUCCCUCGCAUCCGGAUUGAUGCCCUUUGUGAACACUUCAAUCAUAUUAUUCAGCAACUUGUUGUUGAUACAGAUAAACCUCUUCAAGACCUUGAAGUUUCUUCAGCCUGGGAUCUCAAACAGGCAAUCUCAUGGAACGGAAAAGCUCCCGACUCGAUCAACGGAUGCUGGCAUGAAGUUGUCGAAGUCAACGCAGCAAGUCAGCCCCAUUCCCUGGCUGUGAGUGCGUGGGAUGGAAACCUUACCUACAAAGGUCUUAAUGACGCCGCCGAUCGGCUUGCUCGCCACCUGGUCCACGUUAGGAACGUUAAGGAAGGGGAUAAUAUCUUGGUCUGCUUCGAGAAGUCUUUGUGGCACACAGUUUGCAUAUUGGCUAUCAGCAAGGCGGGAGCUACUUACGUGCCCCUCGAGCCUUCAUACCCAACGCAACGCAAAGAAUAUAUUAUGAAGCAGACGAAGAGCAAGCUCGCACUAUCUUCACCGACCAAUUCUCAACUCUGCUGGGACCUGAUCGGCAAUGUUUUGGAGGUAUCAGGGGCUUUAGAAGCACAACUUAUCAAACAGGGCUCGCCCAAGUCUCUUCUCAAGGUCUCGCCUGAAACAGCUGCGUACAUUAUUUUCACCUCUGGCAGUACAGGAACGCCUAAAGGCGUCGUCAUCGAGCAGCGAUCUUUGGUGACUGGUCAAGCUACAAUGUUUAACAAUCUCGGGUUGCCAGAAGACGUAAGAAUGCUUCAAUUCGCUUCAUAUGCGUUCGAUUAUUCCAUCUGCGAGAUCAUUGGCACGUUGAUGCAUGGCGGUUCUAUCCACGUACCCUCCGAAGACACUAGGAUGAAUAACCUUGCAUACUUCAUCAAUGAGAACAACAUCAACACUGUCGGCAUCACCCCUACUUUUGCACGAACCUUAUACCCUAGAGAUAUUCCUUCUGUCAAGUGUGUCAUUCUCGGGGGCGAGGCCGUUUCUCAAGACCUAGUUACAACUUGGUUUGAUAAAGUACGACUAUUGAACGCCUGGGGCCCUACUGAAGCAACAAUCUGCAGUGCCUUCCAUGAAUACAGUUCCAUCAAUGAGUCCCCUCUUACAAUUGGUCGCCCCACGGGCUGCUUCUGCUGGAUUGUUGACCCAAAUAACCCUCAUCGCUUGGCGCCAAUCGGCACUACCGGAGAGAUUGUUAUCCAGGGACCAACUUUGUUACGUGAAUACAUCGGAGAUGAAGAAAGGACCAGUCAGAGUGUUAUUUAUCCUGUUCCUGAAUGGGCUCCCUACAGAAAUGUAUCUGGAUGGGAUCGUAUGUACAAAACCGGCGAUCUCUGCCAUUACAACGACGAUGGGACAAUUGAAUUUGUUUCUCGAAAGGACACCCAAAUCAAAAUCAGAGGUCUCCGUGUGGAGUUGGGAGAAAUUGAACAUCAUAUUCGGCAAGCUCUUCAUGGUGUUGCUCAAGUAGCGGUUGACAUUCUCACCACUGACUCAGGAUCAGCCAUCGUAUCCUUCUUCUCUUACAAUGAAGAGAUGCGAGUGAACCAUGACUUGAAGAACAUCUUCUCUCGCCUGACACCAGGUCUUCACGAUCGGGUUUCAGAGAUGCUUGGCAGGCUCAACCUUAUCCUUCCGGCAUAUAUGGUCCCCACUGUCUUCAUCCCCUGUGACUUCAUGCCGGCGAUUACAUCUGGCAAACUUGAUAGGAAAAUGCUACAUAACCUUGCCGGAACUCUAAGCAAGGACGAAUUAGCAACUUAUUCACUUGUCAGUUCCAUGAAAAGACAGCCUGAAACCGAGAUGGAAUCAAGAAUGCAAGUCAUGUGGGCAGAGCUCCUCAACCUGCCACUGGAAUCAAUUGGGAGAGAUGAUAGCUUUUUACGCGUCGGCGGUGACUCGGUGAUGGCAAUUACCUUGGUCAGCGCCUCUAGGGCAUCUGGCAUUCUAUUUUCGGUCAAAGACAUAUUUGAUGACCCUCGCCUUUUCGCUGUAGCUGCCCGGGCUAUUGAACAAGAGCCUGGAGCUGAUGAUAUUACUGAGAUCGAGCCUUUCGAAUUGCUGGAUGGUAAGACUCGCUCUGAGGUCCUUGGCCCGUCUGUUCGCGAGGUUUGCGGUUUGCAAGACAGCCUUCGCAUAGAAAAUGCAAUGCCCGUAACCGCACUUCAAGAAGGAUUCAUUGCCUUGGCCAUGAAACAACCAGGGAGUUACAUUGCUCAGUGGGUUUAUCAGCUUGCAGAAAAUGUUGACGUUAAUCGUUUUGCGGCAGCUUGGGAAGAGACAGUCAGGGUUUGUUCCAAUCUUCGAACAAGAAUUGUACGAAUUUCUAAUUCCACGACUCAAAUCUCGGUCAAGGACGAUAUUUCUUGGGAGGACACCACCGGGCUGACCUUGGCUGAGGCUUUGGACAAGACGGGCUCCAUAGAAAUGACUCUCGGUUCACGAUUGAGUCGCUAUGCACUGGUCAAUGAACCUGGAUCUAGCAAGACACAUUUCGUAUUCCUUGUUCACCACGCCGUUUACGACGGGUGGACAAUGCGUAUUAUCAUGAGCACUUUGACUAGUGUCUACAACGACUACCCAGCGCCAGACCUCAUGCCCUUUGACCACUUCAUUAAGUAUGUCCAGGCCCUCGACCGGGACUCUGCGAAGACAUACUGGCAAGAGCAGCUCCAAGAUGCAAAACGAGCUGCGUUCCCUCGUAUCUCGAAAAAUCAAAACACCGGUAUAACCAAGCUUGUCACAAGGAAUGUACAGCUUCCUGCUACUGAUACAUCCAUCACCAAGGCAACGCUCAUCCGAGCAGCGUGGGCGAUCGUUUUAGCAAGGUAUUCGGAAACCAAAGAUAUUUGCUUUGGCACGUCUCUCUCAGGAAGACAAGCUCCCGUACCGGGGCUGGGCGAAAUGGCCGGCCCGGCAGUUGCCACCGUGCCCGUGCGCAUUAAACUUGAUGAGAAUCCUCUUGUCUCUGAUUUCCUUAACAAAGUGCAGGCACAAGCAUCCGACAUGAUCCCCUAUGAGCAAUUUGGCCUUCAAAAUAUCGCCAAGAUUUCUCUGGAUGUUCAAGAAGCAUGUAACUUUUCGAGUCUUCUGGUGGUUCAGCCAUUUGAGAGGAUGGAUCAGCUCGCAGAAGCUGCGGAUUCUAUCCUGCAAUUAACUGAAAUGGAAGAGGAUUUCGCGGAGAGAAACCUUGAAGGUUAUUUCAAUAUGCCUUUGGUUCUCCAAGUCCUUGUCUCUGAGGAGGAACUUAGCAUGAGUAUGUCCUACGACGUUCAAGUUUCAGACGAGAAUCAGGUCUCCGCCAUGUUGCAUCAUAUGGAGCAUGUGAUCGUUGAGCUCCUUGGGGAGGACAAAAAGCUGCAUGACGUGUCUAUUACAGGAAGGUGGGACUUGGAGCAAGCUCUCACGGUCAAUAGCGAUAUCCCUGAGAUUUUUGAAGCCACAUUCCAUGAGAUGGUGGAUAAGCAAGCCAUACUCAGUCCCGAUUCAGUUGCUAUCCAUUCUUGGGAUGGGUCGUUUACAUACAAAGAGUUGGUGACGCACGCCAAUAAAUGGGCUAGACAUCUCGUCGAAUCAGUGCUCGUUCGACCUAAUGAUCUCGUUCAUGUAUGCUUUGAAAAGUCAAGAUGGUACUUUGUAGCUAUCUUGGCAGUCAACAAGGCUGGCGCCGCCUGGGUGCCACUUGAUCCAUCGCACCCUCAACAACGACAUCAACAGAUCAUCAAACAAACGGGCUCUCAAGUUGUUCUCACGUCACCUCAAAACUCCAACCUAUUCUUAAAUGUGAUUCAGAAUACUGUCGAGAUUUCAGCUGAGCUUGACGGCCAGUUGAAAGAUGACCGGCCAGUUGAUAUGAUUGUGUCCCCUCAGGAUCCAGUAUACGUCCUCUUUACUUCAGGGUCAACUGGCACGCCAAAGGGUCUGAUAAUGGAACAUAGCUCUGGCAUCACGAGUCUCAUGUCGUUUGCGAAGAGGCUCAAGAUAGAGCGGUCCGUUAGGACUCUCCAGUUUGCCCCCUUUGUGGUGGAUUUCUCGAUAGGCGAAAUCUUUUUCUCUCUGUUUACCGGGAUGAGUCUUUUUGUUCCCUCUGAUACUGAAAGGCUUAAUGAUUUACCAGGGUUUAUCAGAAAGCACAGCAUCUCUUGGGCAUUCCUAACCCCGUCAUUUGCCCGCACUAUUAAGCCUGGGGAGGUACCUACCCUAGAGCUCUUACUCUUAGCCGGCGAACAGGUCACCCAGGACCUCUUUGAUACUUGGGUCCGGAGAGUAAGGUUCCUCAAUGUCUGGGGGCCUGGAGAAGACUGUUUCCUCAGUUCAUUGCACGAGUGGAGGUCUGAUCAAGAAUCCGUGUACACCGUUGGUAAACCAGCUGGUUCCUUCAGUUGGAUCGUGGAACCAGAUGAUCAUUCCAAAUUGGCCCCAUUCGGCACGGUCGGAGAAGUGAUUAUUCAAGGACCGACACUGAUGAGAGAAUAUUUGGCGGACCCAGACAGAACGGCAGAGGCCAUGGCAAUCAGCCCUCCUUCCUGGGCGUUCAACUCUCCAGACAAACGUUGGAGCCGCUUUUAUCGGACUGGCGACCUCUGCUAUUACAGACACGAUGGUACUCUGGCAUUCUUUGCAAGGAAGGAUACCCAGGUCAAGAUUCGAGGUCUUCGUGUUGAGGUCAGCGAAGUAGAACAUCAGAUUAGAUCAAUUAUUCCCCAGGGUUGCGAGACAGUGGUGGGAACAUUGCGUGGAACCGGGGCUGUAAACCUCGUGGCAUACAUCUGCUUAGACCCAGGGGCGACGUCCUCAGGAGCCUCAAGCCACGCUCACGAUGACCUGUUCUUGGCCCUGGAUUCCAAUGUGCAAACCCAAAUGAUUGAGCUGAAGAAGAAAGUUGGGGCUGCGCUUCCGCCAUACAUGGUUCCAACGCUGUACAUUCCUUGCAAGACAAUACCAUCUGUUAGCGGCAAGGUUGACCGAAAGAGGCUUCAGGAGCAGACGCAGAGGCUAAACCAAGCCCAAAUCUCAGAGUACGGGCUUCAAAAUGUUGAGAAGCGCAAGCCUGAGACGGAACUCGAAAUUAGGCUCCAAAAGAUUUGGGCAGAUGUGCUUAGCAUUGACCCCGACUCAAUCGGAUGUGAUGAUAGCUUCCUUGCAAUCGGCGGUGAUUCAAUCUCAGCCAUUAAUCUUAUGACUGCUGCACGCGAAGACAACAUCUUCAUUACUGUAGAUGAGAUCUUCCGCCACUCUGAUUUGUCCGGCAUGGCCCUGCACGUUGGCAAGUCAGCUGUCUCACAAGCCCCUGUAACCGAGGUGAAGCCUUUUGAGUUGCUUGUCGGCGAUGAAAGGGAACUAAUCAAGAGCGAUGGACUGCGCAAGCUCUAUGGUAUCCCAGGGGACUGCAAUAUCGAGGACGCGUUCCCUUGCUCGCCUCUACAGGAAGGCCUUAUCGCACUGUCUGUGAAGCAUCCAGGCUCAUAUAUAUCUAAAUACGUAUUCAAGCUCCCCAGCCACGUAAAUAUUGACCGGUUCAAAGCGGCUUGGGAGAAAGCAGUUCAAAUGAACUGUAACUUGCGAACCCGUAUUGUCCCUGCCGACCAACGCUCUCUUCAGAUCUACAUUACUGGUGAUCAGGAGUGGGAAGACACGGAAGGCUUAGAUCUGGACGCGUACAUAAAAACAACUCGAACUUGGGAGAUGGCGUAUGGGUCUAAGCUGAGUCGCUAUGCAGUUGUGAAGAACGGCUCUGGAGACAGCCAUUUCGUCUGGAUUGCGCAUCAUUCGAUUAUUGACGGCUGGUCUUUACAAAUAACGUUCAGAGCUCUUCACGAGUACUAUUGGAACAGCCCUGUUACCUCACUUCCAUCGUAUCCAGGGUUUAUCAAGAAUAUCAUGGAGCUUGACUCCGACGAGGCGAGCUCAUUCUGGGCGCGAAAAUUAGAAGGUGCCUCGCGUCCUUCGUUCCCCUCACCACAUCUGGAUACCAAACCCAACUUCGAGUUUGUGUACCAAGAUAUAAGCGUACCUGAAACCUUCUCUGGCUCCAUCACUAAGGCUACCGUUGUACGAGCGGCGUGGGCACUUGUUCAGGCAAAACAUUGUAACUCUGAUGAUAUUUGCUUUGGAGCUACUCUAUCCGGCCGUAAUGCCUCACUUGUCGGCCUGCAGAAUAUGCCUGGCCCAGCCAUCACGACAAUCCCUGUUCGUAUCAAACUUCAAGAUCGGGGUAAAUCCAUCCAGGAGUUCCUUCAUCAAGUACAGACUGAGGCAAUCGAGAUGUCAGCCUUCGAACAAUUUGGUGUGCAGAAUAUUGCCAAGGUUAGCGAUCAUGCGAGGGAUGCAUGCCGAUUCUCAACCCUCAUGGUUAUUCGACCAAAGCAGUAUCUGCAAGAAUCUGGGAACGACAUUCUAAUAACCACUGACGUGGAGAUGAACAUUACCGAGAAAGAGAUGGUGAAUUAUUUCAAUUAUCCUCUCAUCAUCGAAUCUGGGAUACUAGACAACAAAAUAAGCAUCCGAUUUGUUCAUGAUACGAAUAGUCUGACGAAGGGUCUAGUAGAAGCCAUUGCGCAUCAAGUCGAUGAAAUCGCCAGGCAGCUCUUUAGUAACCUCUCACAAACGGUUGCAGAUUUGGUCUUUUCUGGAUCAUGGGAUCAGGAACACGCACUUAGACAUCAAAACUUGAUACCUUCCACUGACGUGUGUUCUCACGCGAUGAUACUUAAGCAGAUCAGAGAGACACCAGACCUUCCUGCUAUCGCGUCUUGGGAUGGUACAAUGACUUACAGGGAAGUUGGAGAUUAUGCUUCGAGACUGGCUGUGCAUCUCCAGUCUCUUGGCGUUGGACCUGAGCAACUUGUGCCUAUUUGCUUCCCCAAAUCGAUUUGGGCCGCAGUCUCCAUGAUAGCGAUCAACUUGGCUGGUGCCGCAUUUGUUCCAUUAGACCCUACCACACCGGUGAACCGGCUCAAGACGAUCAUCGAGGAUGUCCAGGCCAGCCUUGUCCUGUCAUCAGAAGACUCUCGUCAUAUCGCUGAGCAGUUGGGUGCAAAACUACUGCCAGUGAACGAAGGGUUUGUUAAAGGUCUAGCUGCUGCCUCUGCGGCCGAGCUCACGGGUGCCGCCAAGUCAUCGAAUGCUAGCUUCGCAAUCUUCACGUCCGGAUCAACUGGGAAACCUAAGGGUAUCCUGCAUGACCAUGACUCCCUAUGCUCAGCUAUUGCUGGCUACACCGACAAGAUGAGUUUCGGACCUGGAACUCGAGUGUUUGCUUAUUCUGCAUACACAUUUGAUUGGGGCAUAAUGGAUGUUUUCGGUCCCCUUUCCCGAGGUGCCUGUGUUUGCAUUCCAUCUGACUAUCAGCGGUACAAUGGCAUCGCCGAAGCAAUCAACGAGCUUCAAGCCAACUGGGCUUUCUUCACUCCGACAGUUGCUGGUCUGAUUGAUCCUGCGAGCGUGCCAACUCUCAAGAAUAUUGGCCUAGGAGGCGAAGCGAUUUCGCAGCAGCUGGUCGAUCGCUGGAGAGAUUUUGUCACUCUUCACAAUUUCUACGGACCAGCUGAAGCUACCAUCAAUGGUUAUCAGACAGUCGGUAAAUCAGACAACCCCAACAAUAUCGGUGGCCCAAUAUCAUCCGCAUGGUGGGUCGUCGAACCUGAGAACUUGAAGAAAACUGUGCCUGUCGGCUGCAUCGGUGAGCUGCUCAUCCAAGGACCACUGUUGGCUCGCGGCUACAUCAACGGGGGCGAGCAAGCCGAUGCUGCAUGGUUAGAUAAUGUCGACUGGUUGCCAGGCAAUACGCCUAGUCGAGCAUACAGAACUGGAGACCUUGUGCGCCGCAAUGCAGAUGGCAGUUUUGAUUUCAUCGGGCGAAAAGAUACACAAAUCAAGCUCCACGGCCAGCGUGUAGAGCUUACUGAGAUUGAGUCUCGCCUGGAUGAGAUCUUGCCUGAAGAUAUGACUUGCGUCAUUGACACGAUUCUGAAUGACGAGACCAAGUCAAAUACUUUAGUGGCCCUCAUUUGGUAUUCCAAGGGGCCUAUUUCAACUCAUCCUCAAAUCGAAUUAGUCUCAGAAGUCACAGAAGAGAUGAGGAGCCUUAUUGCUUCCAUCGACUCUUCUCUGAAUCAUGUACUAGCGAGUUACAUGGUCCCGAGCAUGUACCUUAUUUUCCAAGGUGUACCUGAGCGUCUUAGUUCUGGCAAGAUUGAUCGACGUAAACUCCGGUCGAUUGCACACGAUACGCAUGCAAAGGAUCGUCUGAAAUUCUCACCCUCUGAGACAACAGGCGAGCCACCAGCCACAGAGAGAGAACUGAGACUCCGUGAGUUAUGGGCACAAGUCCUCCGAAUCGAUGCGGAGGAGAUCAAGCGUCACGAUAGCUUUUUGAGAGCUGGCGGCGACUCUAUCAGCGCUAUUAGGUUGGUUACCCUGGCACAUGAAAAAGGGCUUAUUCUUGAUGUUGCGACCGUUUUCCGAGAUCCCAGACUUUCUGCUAUGGCAUCCGCGACUGAUUCAACUAUCCAUGCUGUCGAAUACAAUGUUGAACCUUUUGGUCUUGCCGACCAGGACAAGAUCGCCAACAUCAUCGUUGAAGCUCGAAAACAGUGCAAUCUUUCUGGUGGAACAGCCAUUGAUGAUAUUUUCCCAGCUACCUAUCUACAGCAGGGACUCAUGGCUCUCACCGUCAAGCAGCCCGGGUCAUACAUUGCUAGGCAUGCAUAUCAAUUAUCGAAGGACGUCGACAUCCCGAGGUUCCAAGAGGCACUCCGAAAGACCGUUGAAACAUGUACCAACUUGCGCACUCGCAUAAUCGAUUUUGAGGGUCGGGCACUGCAAGUCGUGGUUCAGGAUGACUAUGAAUGCGAAAUGGCACCUAGACACGCGGACCUUAACUCUUUGAUGGAAUCUUCGAAUAAGACCAGCAUGACAUACGGGACUCGAUUGAACCGAUUCAUGCUUGCAAGAGGUAACAGUGGCAUUUACUUCUUGUGGCUUAGCCAUCAUACUACCUUCGACGGCUGGAGUCUUGGAAUUGUCAUGUCUACCUUGAACAAAUUCUACCAACGCAUGGAUGUUCCAGAAGUCAAGCCAUAUUCUUCGUUCGUCUCAUAUACCUUGGCAGUCGACAAUGCUGCCACCGAAACUUAUUGGGCUAGUCAAUUGAGCGGCUCCCAAAAGGCGUCUUUUCCCUCGCAACAGCUGGCUCCUUCGGGCGUGACGCAAGUGUUCGCGAAGGAACUCACAUUGCCUCAAUCUGCUAGAAGCUCAAUAACUCGUGCUACAGUUCUUCGAGCGGCAUGGGCAAUACUCCUUUCGAAGUACUGUGGAACAGAGAGUGUCACUUUCGGUGCCACUGUUUCUGGCCGAAAUGCUCCUGUCCAAGGAAUCGAGAAUAUUUCUGGUGCUAUGAUUGCGACGGUACCUAUCCAUAUUCUCUUAAACCCUAAGACUUCCAUUGGGAAGUUCCUAGAGGAUGUGCAGAGGCAGUCGUCGGAUAUGAUUGCAUAUGAACAAUUCGGUUUACAUAACAUUUCAAAGAUCAACGCUGAUACCAAGGAAGGCUGCGACUUCUCAAGUUUGAUCGUGAUCCAGCCAGCCCAGAAGAUGGGUCUAGGUGGUGGAAAUGAGAUAAUGAACCCAGUCACUUCAGACGAUAGACCCGUCGAGGAGUCUCUCCAGGGGUAUUUCACCUAUCCGCUGGUGAUGCAAGCUGCAUUGAUCGAUGACAAGAUCGAAUUGGCCCUUAUUUACGACACAGGGGUGCUUAAACACAUGCAAGUAGAGGCUCUUGGUUAUCAACUCGAGAAGCUCGUUUCCGAGCUCCUGAUAAUCAGCAGCGACAAGCCGUUGAGGGACAUCACAAUGACAUCGUCAUGGGAUAUUGCAACCAGCAUUUCUCGCAACCCUGUCCCAGAGGUCAUUGAGUCUUGCAUGCACCACGUUCUUGAGAAGCAAGUUGCCAUUCGUCCAGACGCACCGGCUGUCUUUUCUUGGGAUGGCCAGCUAAGUUAUGGCGAGCUCAAUGAUGCCGCAAACCGUCUUGCAUACCACCUUGUGCGGAAACAUAAUGUCCAAGUUGGCGACAUCAUCCACUUGUGCUUCGAAAAAUCCAUGUGGUACCUUGUCGCCAUGUUAGCUUCGAUGAAAGCAGGGGCAGUGUUUUCUCCCAUGGACCCGGAGCAUCCUGAACAGCGCAAGCAGUCGAUUAUCAACCGGACCCAGGCAAAGAUUAUCAUUGUUUCUCCCCAACAUGAGGCGAUGUACAAGGAUCUUAUCGACACGGUCAUUCCUUUAUCUCCAAGCCUAGACGCUGAACUCGAUCGCGUGGCAGAUAAUCCCAUUACAGCUGUCUCUCCGGAUGAUGGUUGCUAUGUUAUGUUUACAUCAGGAAGCACUGGAACUCCGAAGGGCUUUGUCACUACACAUCGAUCUCUGUGCACUGGACAGCAUGCCUUGGCUAAGGUGACAAAAUUAAGCUCAAGUGCUCGCAUGCUUCAGUUUUCCAAUUACGUGUUUGACUUUUCAAUUGGCGAGAUCUUCCAACCUAUGAUCAAUGGUGGAUGCGUCUGCGUCCCGUCGGAAGAAGUGCGAUUCAACGGCAUCGAAGGAUUUAUUCACACCGCACACAUCAACAGCUUGUUAAUAAGUCCAGCCUUUGCCAAGACGCUGCGUCCGUCUGAGAUCCCGUCGGUUGACUUGGUCCUGCUUGGAGGAGACAAUGUGCCCCAUGACUUGUUCGAAACUUGGUUCGGAAAGGUUCGACUGUUGAAUGCAUGGGGUCCGUCCGAGACCUGCUUUGCUGCCUCUGCACACGAAUAUAGAUCUAUACAAGAAUCACCCGCUUCAAUUGGCUUGCCAGUAGGGGCAUUCACGUGGAUUGUAGACCCUGAUGAUCACACGAAUCUUGCACCAAUUGGCACGAUCGGAGAAGUCCUUAUCCAAGGACCUAUAGUCUUUCAAGGGUAUAUGGGUGAGCCCGAGAAGACGAAAGCGGCCCUGGUGACAGAUCUUGCUCCUUGGGCGCAACAGAGGGAUCUACCCUUCAGCCGAGCAUUCAAAUCAGGUGACCUCGCGUUUUAUAAUGCCAACGGGGUGAUAGAGUUUGUCGGCCGGAAGGAUACACAAGUGAAGAUUCGUGGUCUCAGAGUUGAAUUGGGAGAAAUCGAACACCAAGUUUCAUCUAUCUUGGAAGGCGUUUCUCAAACCGUCGCCGAUGUCCAUCGAACAGACGAGGCCAUUCGCAUUGUUCUUUACUUCUCAUUCUCCGAUGAAAGACGAAGUGUAGAUGAAAUAUCUUCAACAGACUCAAUGUUCUCUGAUAUUACGCCUGAGGUUGAACCCAAGCUCCAGGAGCUGAUUGGAAAGUUGAAAAUGGUUCUCCCAGGAUACAUGGUUCCAUCAAUCUUUGUUCCAUGCAACUUUAUGCCCAUUGGCCGAUCAUCAAAGCUUGACCGUGCCCUACUGAAACGCCUUGUGGCAGAGCUCAACACGGAUAGGCUUCAACACUAUGCUCUUGCAAACAGUGUGAAGAGAUCGCCAGAGUCUCCCAUGGAAUUCCGUCUGAGGUCGAUCUGGGCAUCAAUUUUGAAUCUGCCUGAAGACUCUAUUGGGAGAGAUGACAACUUCGUUCAGAUUGGCGGUGACUCAGUCUCUGCUAUCCACCUCGUCACUGCAGCCCGCGAGCUUGGCAUCAAGCUGGCCGUGCAGAAUGUCUUUGCUGACCCACGGCUGUUUAUGGUUGCUUCCCAUUGCGUUGAGAUUGAGAUCCCAACCGAAUCAUAUGAAGAUCUAGAACCAUUUGAGCUGGUCCCCGACUCCCUCCAGGACAUGGACUGGGAAAGUGAAGCAAUUGAGUUGUGUGAUCUCGACGAUGAGCAGACAAUUGAAAAUGCCAUGCCUGUCACGCCUUUCCAGGAGGGGUUGAUGGCUCUUCUGAUGAAGCAACCUGGUUCAUACAUUGCAAAAUGGGUGUACCGUAUUCCUGCCAAUGUCGACAUCCGUCGAUUCCGCAAUGCUUGGGCGAAGGUUGUCUUAUUCUGCCGCAACUUGCGAACUCGUAUCAUCAACAUUGGCCAAGUUCCAUUGCAAGUAGUGGUUGGAAACGAUACAGCCUGGGAGAAUACUAAGAAUAUGGACCUACAGAAGUUCUUGGAUCUACACAAAAAUAUGACGAUGGCUCCCGGUACUCGGUUGAACAGGUGGGCUCUGAUAAAAGAACCCACUGGCGAGAAUUAUUUCGUGUUAAUCUGCCAUCACGCUACUUAUGACGGUUGGACGAUGAGACUGAUGCUACGGACUUUGGCCGAAGCUUACAAGCGAUCCAAGGGACCUUGGCCCAAGCCAUUUGACGGGUUCAUUAAAUACACAACGAAAAUGAACAAUGACCGCGCUCGGGAGUACUGGCUUGGUCAACUUCAAGAUGCCAAGGCCGCCCCUUUCCCACCCGUGACACGCAACGUUGAGACGAAGACUGCAAUCAUGAACAAGCUAGUAGAGCUGCCGACAUCCUCACACAAUGCCAUUACACAAGCUACAAUCAUGCGAGCAGCUUGGGCGUUAGUACUUUCUCAGUAUAGUGAAAUGGACGACAUUUGCUUCGGUACUUCUGUUUCCGGUCGACAGGCAUCUGUUCCUGGCAUUGGCGAGAUAGCCGGCCCUGUGGUGACUACGACACCAGUCCACGUGCGAAUCGACAGGGGCAUCUCUGUUGCUAGGUUUCUGCAAAGAAUUCAAUCCCAGGCUACUGAAAUGAUAAACUAUGAGCAGUUCGGAUUACAGAACAUCCUGAAACUGGGUGACAAUAUAAAAGAAGCUUGCACGUUCAGUAGCUUACUUGUUAUUCAACCUAUGGAGAAGAUGCUUGAGAUGGGUAGUGAUUCCGACGCAAUUGUCAUCCCAGUGGAAACUGGAAAUGGGGAUUCAUCAAGCCUCGAGGGCUAUUUCAGUUAUCCUCUGGUUGUUCAGACUCUUGUAGCUUCGGACAUGAUUCGAUUGAACGUGACCUACAACUCCUGUGAGUUGAGCGAGCUGCAAAUUACAGGCUUGGUUAAUCAGCUUGAGCACAUUAUCAAGACACUCACCGUGGAGACUUCGCGACCUUUGAGCGAAAUCUCAAUUGCCGGUGACUGGGAUCUAAACCAAGCGAUGGAGCUAAAUAACGAGGUACCAAAAAUCAUCGAUACUACUUUCCAUGACUUAGUUGCGCAGCAAGCCAUGAUUCGACCGGACGCUGUUUCUAUUCGAGCCAGUGACGCAACACUCACAUACAGCGAGUUAGACACCUACGCCAAUCAUCUAGCACAUCAUCUGAUCAACUCAUUGAACGUCAAAAGAGGUGAUCUCGUCCAUGUUUGCUUCGAGAAAUCAGCCUGGCAUUUUGUUUCCAUCUUGGCAAUUAAUAAGUCUGGUGCUGCGUGGGUUCCACUUGACCCAUCUCACCCAACUCAGCGUCACCAACAGGUGGUUUCACAGACGGGGGCGGGCUUGAUACUGUCAUCGUCUCGAUACAUGAGCACUGUCUCGAGUUUGGUUGGCACUACUCUCGAGAUCACGUCGAGUUUCCUCAACAACCUAGCCCUGGAUAACGGUAGCAGAAACGUCCCAACUAGUAUCGCUAGAGGAUCUGAUGCAUGCUACGUCUUGUUCACAUCCGGUAGCACAGGCACGCCAAAGGGUCUUGUGAUGACACAUCGAUCCGUUUGCACAAGCCAAAAAGCGAUUGGUGACAGACUCGGUUUGUCUCCAGAAGUCAACAUGUUGCAGUUCGCAGCCUUUGUUUUCGACCUUUCCAUAGGCGAAAUUAUAGGAGCUCUAAUUGCAGGUGCUAGUGUCUGUGUACCAUCUGACGAAACGAGAUUGAACGAUCUGACCGCAUUCAUUCGUGAUACGAAUGUAACUUGGGCGUAUCUGACUCCAUCUUUUGCUCGGACAUUGACACCUGAAUCAGUGCCGUCAUUGGAGCUGAUGCUAUUCGCAGGAGAAGCAGUUGGCCAGGAUGUUUUUGAAACAUGGGUCACUACAAAAGUUCGGCUUGUGAAUGGUUGGGGACCUGCAGAAACCUGUUGUUUUAGCACACUGCACGAGUGGAAGUCAAUCGACGAAUCCUCACUCACUUUGGGCAGGCCUAUCGGAGGAUUCUGCUGGAUUGUCGACCCUGAGGACCAUAACAGGCUUGCCCCCAUAGGAACAAUGGGCGAGAUCGUGAUUCAGGGGCCUACUAUCUUGAAAGAGUACCUAGCAGAUCCGGAGAGGACCGCGGCAACUACGAAGACAAGUUUGCCAUCCUGGGUCCCGAAGUCCAAGGAGGAGAACUGGAGCCGCUUCUAUAAGUCUGGUGAUCUAGGGUUCUAUAAUGCUCAGGGUCUGAUUGAAUUUUCUACUCGCAAGGACACUCAAAUCAAGAUCCGCGGCCUUCGAGUUGAAUUAGGUGAAGUUGAGCACCAAAUCAAAGUGAACUUCCCUGCUGCUCAACAGGUUGCUGUUGAUGUGUUUAAUUCACCAGCCGGGACCACUCUCGUUGCCUACUUCUGCCUGACAAACAAUAACCAAAUAUCUGGCGGAUCGGACGACUGGACUGGCAUUUUUGAACCUAUUCCUUCUAGUAUGCAUGCGGAUCUUACGUCUCUGACAAGCAAGCUUGACAUUGUUCUGCCGCGGUACAUGGUUCCUUCCAUGUUCAUACCAUGUAGCUUCAUGCCUUUCAUUACAUCUUCCAAGCUUGAUAGGAAGGCUUUGAAGGCUCUGACCUUGGAGCUCAAUGCCGAGAGUCUACAGCAUUAUUCCCUAUCCGACUCAGCAAAAGCGAUUCCUGAGUCAGCAAUGGAAAUCAAGAUCCAAACCAUCUGGGCCGAGCUACUCAAGAUGCCUGCCGAGUCCAUUGGAAAGGAUGACAGCUUCCUGCGUAUAGGCGGUGACUCGAUCACGGCAAUUCAUUUCGUUAAUGCAGCUCGUGAAUCCGGCAUAAAUAUCUCAGUACAGAACAUUUUUGAUGACCCUCGACUAUCCGCCAUUGCUGCUCGUGCAACGGAGAUCGAUUGUCAAACUGAGCUGCUAGAGUUGCAACCAUUUGAUCUCUUGGACGAAUCUUUGCGAUCAUCGGUCCUAGAAGAUGAUGUUCGGAACAUUUGCAACCUUACCGAUGGACAAGAAAUUGAAAAUUCAUUCCCAGUCACUCCCCUGCAGGAAGGCUUGAUGGCAUUGUCCGUUAAGCAGCCAGGAUCCUACAUCGCAAAGUGGAUCUACCGCUUAGCAGAGAAUAUCGAUCUUGAUAAAUUCCGCCGUGCCUUCGAGCAUACGGUCCAGACAUGUGGGAAUUUACGAACCCGCAUAGUUCGUGUUUCAGACACAACCGUUCAGCUUUAUGUCAAGAACGACAUCUCAUGGGAGGAAACAUCGGGAAUGAGUCUUCUCGACUUUAUGAAAGUGGCUGAUGAUAUGAAAAUGCAGUUUGGCUCACGCCUGAACCGCUAUGCUAUCGUCAGGGAUGAAAGCUCAGGCCACAAUUACUUUAUCCUCAUUGCUCACCAUGCUUCCUAUGAUGGCUGGAGCAUGCAACUGGUCUUAAGUGUCUUGUCUGAUGCUUAUAACGGCAAUUUCAACGCGGUCGUAAAACCUUUUGACCACUUCAUCCAUUACUUGGCGAACUUAGACAAGGAAGACGGCCGUAACUUCUGGUUGAAGCAGCUUGAAAAUUGUAACCCUGCCACAUUCCCUAGUGUUUCACGAACGCCCGAAGCUCCUCUCACCAAGGUUCUCAACCAAAAGAUGGAGGUUCCUGAGGUCGAUGCUUCUAUCACCAAAGCUACGAUUGUCCGAGCUGCAUGGGCGAUUGUCUUGGCUAGAUACUGUGACACCGACGACAUUUGCUUCGGAACUUCUAUUUCAGGGCGCCAAGCUCCUGUUUCUAAUUUGGGGCAAAUAGCAGGCCCAGCUGUCGCCACUCUGCCUAUUCGGAUUCGUCUGGAUGGCUCCCUGUCAAUUCAUGAGUUCCUCCGGAAAGUCCAAUCUCAGGCCACAGAGAUGAUUCCACACGAACAGUAUGGUCUUCAAAAUAUUUCAAAAUUAAACGACAAUUUCAAAGAACUCUGCGACUUCUCGAGCUUGCUAGUCGUGCAGCCCUACCAGAAAAUGGCUGAAAUCGGCGGUGAGGCAGAGACUCUGUUGACCCCUCAUGAGCUUGAUGAGACAGAUGCAGAAUCUAGUCUGUCGGGAUACUUCAGCAUUCCGCUGGUUUUCCAAACCGUGUUGUAUGAUGACAUGUUCAAUCUCAACCUCACUUAUGACUCAAACAUCGUAACAGAGUUCCAAGCCGAGGCUCUCUUGAAUCAAAUCCAGCACCUUAUCAAUGAUUUGCUCCAUGCAACAGAAAGACCCCUUUCCGCUGUCUCACUUACUGGACAGUGGGACGAAGAGAUUGCCCGCGCUUCAAAUAUGGAGACUCCUCAGAUUGUCGAGUCAACCGUCCACAACAUGAUUGAAAGACAAGCGACUAUGCGGCCCCGAGCUGUUGCUAUACAAGCUCAUGACUCAACUUUGACAUAUAAGGAGCUCAACGACAGCGCAAACAGGCUCGCUAGCUAUCUAGUGUCUGAGAAUCUGAUCAAGCCUCGUGAUUUCGUCCAUGUUUGCUUUGAGAAGUCGGCUUGGCAUUUCGUUGCUAUUCUUGCUAUCAAUAAAGCAGGUGCGGCAUGGGUCCCUCUCGAUCCAUCACAUCCAAGGCAACGCCAUGAGCAGAUUGUUAGCCAAACUAAAGCCACGUUGGUCCUCGCUUCCGCUACCAAUAUGGCCAUCUGCAAGGACCUUGCCAAUACCGUUCUUGAGGUCUCUCAAGUACUUGAUGAUGACAUGAAGAGUAAUACCUCAGCCGAUCACAAAGCUUUGAAGAUAAGCGUGUCACCCCGAGACGCUGCUUACGUUCUAUUCACCUCGGGUUCAACUGGCACACCAAAAGGCCUUGUCAUGGAGCAUGGUGCCGCGUGUACGAGCCAAGUGGCAACCGCCCGAAGACUUGGGCUUGACUCAAGUGUAAGAAUGCUUCAAUUCGCUGCGUUUGUCUUUGACCUGUCUAUCGGUGAGAUUCUCGGGCCGCUCAUUAGCGGCGCUACACUCUGCGUGCCGUCAGAUGCCGACAGAAUGAACCGUUUGACUGAUUACAUUGGUGAAAAUAACAUCAACUGGGCAUAUCUGACCCCUGCAUUCGUGCGUACCCUAAAGCCAGAAGAUUUGCCCACGUUGGAGCUCCUUGUCCUGGCCGGUGAGGCAGUUGGACGUGACAUUUUCGAAACCUGGAUGAAUAAAUUGCGCUUUAUUAACGCCUGGGGCCCGGCGGAGACGUGUUGUUUCAGUACCUUACACGAGUGGCAGAGCGAAACCGAGAGCCCAAUGACGAUCGGUACACCUGUGGGUGGCUUCUGCUGGCUCGUUGACCCUAAUGAUCCUCAAAAACUUGCACCUGUGGGCACAUUAGGUGAGGCAGUAAUACAGGGCCCGAAUCUGCUCCGUGAAUAUUUGUAUGAUCCUGAGAGGACAUCUGCAUCAGUCUUAACUGAAUUACCAAACUGGGCCCCAAACAGAGACCAUGCCUCUUGGAACCGCUUUUAUCUCACUGGUGAUCUUUGUUUUUAUAAUUCCGACGGCAUUCUCGAGUUCUCUUCUCGUAAGGAUACCCAGAUCAAAAUAAGAGGUCUACGAGUGGAGGUCGAAGAAGUUGAACAUCGCAUUCGCCAGUUUAUGCCCAGCUUACACCAAGUUGCUGUGGACGUAUUUCAUGGACCUGGCGGUGCUAACCUAUUCGCUUAUUUCUGCCUUGAAAACUCAACCAGAGUUGGCAGGCUGUCGGAUGAUUGGGAUGACUUGUUUAUCCCGAUGAGCGACGCACUUCAAGUCGAGAUCGCAUCAUUAGCAAGCCAGCUACGAACUGUUCUCCCUUCGUACAUGGUUCCAACGACAUUUAUCCCAUGUGCUUACAUGCCGUUUAUCACGUCUUCAAAGUUGGAUCGCAAGACAUUACGAUCUAAAGCAUCCAACCUUACGCAGGAAGAUCUCGCACAAUAUUCUUUGCAGAACUCAAAGAAGCGCGAGCCAGAGACAGAAGUGGAACUAGCUCUUCAAAAAAUCUGGGCUGAGGUUCUAAGAAUACCUGCCAGUUCUAUUGGCCGUGACGAUAGUUUCCUUGCUAUUGGCGGAGAUUCAAUUGCUGCUAUUAACCUCAUGACCACCGCUAGGGAACGUGGCAUCUCCAUUACCGCUGAUGAUGUAUUCCGCUCUCCCCGAUUACUGGAUCUUGCUGUUCGGGCAGAGAACGCUCCUGUGCUUCCGAAAUCACCAAGUGCAGAACUUCGUCCAUUCGAACUACUUACAGAUCUGGAGAGAGAUCUCGUCCAAGGCGGAGAAAUACAUAGGCAAUGUGGUUUACCGGCGGGAACAACAAUUGAAGAUGCAUUCCCUUGUUCACCGCUUCAGGAGGGUUUGAUAGCUUUGGCUGUCAAGCAGACUGGUUCCUAUAUCACGAAAUAUGUUUUCCAAAUCUCAAAGCAUAUUGACCUCUCAAAGUUGAAAGCGUCGUGGGAGCAUACAAUCAGGACAAACGGUAAUUUAAGGACAAGGAUUAUUCCAUCAAAGGAUCGGUCGAUCCAGGUAUUAGUCAAAGACGAUAUCAACUGGGAGACCAAUCCCGGGUCUGAUUUGGGAGCCUUUAUCAAGGUCACGCAGCAAUAUGAAAUGACCUUCGGAUCCCGCCUCAGCCGAUAUUCGAUCUUCACAGAUGAGAAAGGAGAUUCAUAUUUUGUUUGGAUCGCCCAUCACUCCAUUAUGGAUGGAUGGUCACUCCAACUUACAUUCAGGACAUUGUACGAACAUUACUGGGAAGGUGCUUCUGGCCCCCUCCCUUCUUAUGCUGGUUUUAUCAAACACACACUCGGUCUCAACGGUGAUGCCGCUGCUGCCUUCUGGUCGAACCAGCUAGAAGGGGCUUCUCGUUCUACCUUCCCCUCAUCCAUUGCUGACAGCACACUCAAGCCAACGUUCAAGUUCAAACAUCACGAGAUCUCCACGUCAGAUGCAAGCCACACGUCCGCUACAACCGCAACUGUUCUUAGAGCCGCUUGGUCUAUCUUGAUGGCUCGCCAUUCUAACACCAAUGAUGUUUGCUUCGGUGCUACUCUCUCGGGCCGCAAUGCAGCACUUGAGGGACUCCAGAACAUGCCAGGUCCUGCUAUUGCAACGAUUCCUGUUCGUGUCAAGUUAGACCACGGCACGCCAGCAAAACAAUUCUUGGAUGAUGUUCAGAUGCAAGCCACUGAGAUGGCAGCUUAUGAGCAGUUUGGCCUCCAAAAGAUCGCCAGAGUUAGUUCGGAUGCUCGGGAUGCUUGUCAAUUUUCUACCCUCAUGGUGAUUCGCCCCAAGCCGUUCCUUGAAGCAGGAAGUGAAUUCACAAUUUUGGAGAUCGGCGAAGCUACAAAAAUCACCGAAGAGGAAAUGGUCAGUUACUUUAACUAUCCAUUAGUCUUGGAGGCAGAUCUCUGGAAGGGACACAUCAAAGUGCGACUUUGUUACGAUAUUCGUGCCUUGUCGACCGAGCUGGUUGAUGCUCUUGGUGAGCAAUUGGAGCUUGUUGUGAGACAACUGCUCACAAAGCCAUCAGUUCCGAUUGGAGAAAUCAAUCUCGUUGGGGAGUCUGACAUGCAGCAUGCUCUAAGUCAUCAGAAUAUGAGGCCAUCAACCAACCGGCUAAUCCAUGACAUGAUUCGUGAGCAAAUUGCCAACACUCCCGACCUCCCCGCUAUCACAUCCUGGGAUGGAGAUAUGAAGUAUCACGAGCUCGGCUACUAUGCAGAGCGUCUUGCCAGUCACUUGAAGACGCUUGGCGUCGGUCCAGAGGUGUUCGUGCCAAUUUGCUUUCCCAAGUCCAUGUGGGCUGUUGUCUCAAUGAUUGCUAUCAACAUGGCAGGUGGAGCGUUUGUUCCUCUCGAUUUCAAUUCACCAGCUGCACGAUUGAGGACAAUCCUAACCGAUACAAACUCCAAGAUCGUUCUCGCAUCGCCCUCAUGUGAGGAGCUAGCCAGUUCCUUGGAGGUUGAUGUCAUUCUUGUUGAUGAAGCCUUCGUUCGAGGUCUUCUAGAGCCCGAAGAACUACCCGUGAAAUCUUCUGCGACGUACCAAAACGCUAGCUUCGUCAUGUUCACUUCGGGUUCAACGGGCAAGCCAAAGGGAAUGGUCUUUGAACAUCGCAAUACCUGCUCAACGUCAAACAGCCAUGGAGCAAUCCAGGGCUGGGGUCCAGGAACAAGGGUGUUUACCUACUCGGCUUACACAUUUGACAUUGGUGUUAUCGAUGUUAUGGUCUCCUUGUCACGCGGUGCCUGCCUCUGUAUCCCCUCGGAAUGGCAGCGUUACAACGAUAUCCACGGUGCAAUCAAUAAGAUGCAGGCCAAUUGGACGUUCUUCACUCCCACGCUCGCGAGACUUGUUAGCCCUGCACGGAUUCCUACGAUUCAAAACGUAGGAUUAGGUGGCGAGAAUGUGACAAAACAAGUCGUAGAUAACUGGAAGGGUCACGCAACACUUCAUAAUCUGUACGGUCCUGCGGAAGCUUCAAUCUGUGGUUGGAUUGCCGACGUAGGUCUAAUAUCCAAGCCAAGCAACAUCGGAAUCCCAUCCUCAUGCGCCUGGUGGAUCGUCAACCCCGAAAAUCCUCGGCAACUCGUUCCCAUUGGGUGUGUUGGAGAAUUGAUGAUCCAAGGUCCUAUGAUGGCUCGCGGAUACAUUGGCGCCGAUGAAAAAGCCCAGAAAGCAUGGCUGCACAAUGUUGAUUGGCUUCCUGGAGACAUGCCUAAGAAGGCGUAUCUUACAGGAGAUCUAAUUCGCCGUCUUGCUGACGGCACCUUUGAAUAUUUGGGCCGGAAAGACGAUCAGGUCAAGCAUUACGGUCAGCGAGUUGAGCUGGGAGAGAUCGAGUCUCACAUUGAGGAUGCUCUCCCCAGCAACAUGAAUGCCAUCACUGACUUUAUCCGGGAGGAGACAGGGUCGAACACUCUGGCGGCUUUAGUUUGGUACAACACCGGGGCUUCUGCAGAUCUCCCGUCGCUUCAGCUCGCCGAGGUAGUUACAGACGAGAUGAGAGACACGAUGGCGAAGCUGCAAACUCACUUGAGUCGUGCCCUCCCGACCUACAUGUUGCCCAGCCUUUACUUGUUUUUCAACGGAACCCCAGAUAAGAUGGCCUCUGGUAAGAUUGAUCGAAAGAAGCUUCGUGCUCUGGCCCGAUCUGCAACAACCAAAGACAAGCUUCGAUUUGCCAAGGGUGAGAAAGUGUUUGAGGACCCAGUAACCGAAACGGAAUUCAAGAUUCGUGACCUCUGGGCUCAAAUUCUUUCCAUCAAUGCUGCCGAUAUUGGGAGGCACGAUAGUUUCCUUCGAGUUGGCGGUGACUCUGUCAGCGCGAUCAAACUGGUUUCUGCCGCAAACGAAAUCGGAAUUGCUCUCACCGUUGAGAUGAUCUUCAAGGACCCGAGACUUUCGGCAAUCGCGGGCGGAAGUUCAAAUGUGGACAACACAUUGUACGACACAAAGCCAUUCGAACUUCUUGUGCCGAGGGAUAUUGAGAACAUUCUGUCAAGCAUUCAAGAGCAGUGCAACCUCUCGGAUCGGAACGCUAUAGAGGACGUGUUCCCCUGUACCAAGAUGCAAGAAGGGCUUCUGGCUCUGGCCUCGCGCAGCUCGGGAUCUUACACUGCCCGUCAAAUCUUACAACUCUCACCAGAUGUAGAUCUCACUGCUUUCAAAUUGGCUUGCGAGGCAACUGUAGAAUUGUGUGGUAAUCUGCGGACGAAGAUCGCACAAGUGGAUGGCAACUCUUACCAGGCUGUCUUGAACGAGCCCCUCAUGUGGCACAACACGGAUAAUCUUCCGCUCAAUGAGUACUUGGACUUGGCACGCGGUAUCAAGAUGGGGUAUGGAGUCCCCCUCAGUUACUUUGCUAUCGUGGAGGAAGAUGACAAGAACCGCUUCUUUGUUUGGACCGGCCACCAUGCCAUAUACGAUGGCUGGUGUAUUCAGAUCGUCCUCGGUACACUUUCUGAGGUCUAUCACGGGCUCACUGUCUCUAAACCGUUACCAUUCAGCCAUUUCGUCAAGUUUGUCAAUGACAUGGACAAUGAAGGUGCAAGCAAGUAUUGGCGACACCAACUCCAGGAUGCCCAGCCCGCAUCAUUCCCGCCACGAGGUCACAAUGAGACCAAUGGGAACCAAUACUUCAGUACGACUGUACCUUGUCCUUCAUCCACCGACAGUUCCAUCACCAAAGCAACACUAAUCAGGGCGGCCUGGGCUAUUGUGCUUGCUCGACACUCAAACACUGACGAUAUUUGCUUUGGUGCCACUGUCUCGGGCCGUCAAGCUCCCAUUCCGGGGAUCGAGAGUUUAUCUGGGCCUACUAUUGCCACCGUCCCAAUUCGCAUCCGGCUGGACAAGAACAUGAACACAAACUCAUAUCUCCACUCAGUUCAAUCUCAAGCUAUAGAUAUGACCCGGUACGAACAAUAUGGGUUACAAAAUAUCUCUAAGCUUGACACGGAGGCGAAGGACGUUUGCGACUUUUCGAGUUUAUUUGUCAUUCAACCAGCUCGGCAGUACGUCGAUUCAGAUGACGACUCGCUAUUUGUGCCUUUGCAAGAAACUAAAAUCACCAUUGAGGAGUCUCUUGAUGGAUUCUCGGACUAUCCUCUCAUAUGCCAAGUGAUGCUUGGAGACGAUUCCGUGGGCCUUGAGUACAGCUACAAGACAGGGUUGGUACAUGAGGCUCAGCUUGUCGCUAUUUCACACCAGCUCAGCCAUGUGAUUGAGCAACUUGCCAAGCAAACAGACACGGUGCUCUCUGAUGUCUCAGUAACGGGGCAAUGGGAUCUCCUUCAAGCCCAAGCUUGGAAUAAAGCUCCUCUCGCAUCCGAGCUUUGCGCUCAUGAAUUGAUCUCCCAGCAUGCUGAGACUCGCCCAACAGCAGAGGCAAUAUACUCCUCAGAAAUAUCACUAUCGUUUUCGGAGCUCCAUGAUUUGUCCACGAGACUUGCCACUCAUCUCUCUUCUCUCGGUGUAGGACCAGAUACAGCCGUGCCAUUCUGUUAUGAAAAGUCUCCUUGGGUUGUUGUCGCGAUGGUAGCCAUUAUGAAGGCCGGGGGCUACUUCAUCCCUCUUGAUCCACAGCAGCCGGUAGAUAGACUGAAGGAGUUGGUUAAUGAUGUCGGUGCCAAACACAUUAUUGUGUCCCCCGAGACGAUCGAUAUAUGUCGUGGCUUAGCUCCUACUCUCAUCGAGCUAUCUCAACAGACUAUACACCAGCUUCCUGACACUCAAGAUGGCUCGUCACAAGAGGUGACCGUUUCUCCAAGAAAUGUGGCCUAUCUUCUAUUCACAUCUGGCUCGACUGGAAGGCCUAAAGGUCUCAUGGUGGAGCAUGCCGCGCUCAGCGCCGCGGCUGUUCAUGGUCACGGGAAGGAAUAUGGAUAUGAUCAUUCAACUCGCAUGCUGCAGUUUUCACAUUACGUCUUUGACGCCAGCAUAACUGAGAUUAUAUGCCUUCUGAUACGAGGGGGCACGGUCUGUGUUCCUAACGAGCUCGAGCGGCUUCAGGGUACAGCAGAGUUCAUGAACAAGGCUCGGGUCAACAUGACGCUACUCACCCCGUCCUUUGCGAAGACAUUGAACCCCACUAGCUUGCCGAACCUAAAGAGACUGAUUCUUGGCGGAGAGCCUGUUACAAGAGACGUCAUUGAUAAGUGGUUUGACCACGUGGAUGUGCUCAACGCUUAUGGGCCUGCGGAAACUUGCGUCUGCUCUAAUGUCUAUCAUUUCCAAUCCAAAGAUGACGUUCCCGGGAUAAUUGGACUCGGUGCUAACACAACUUGCUGGAUUGUUGAUCCCGUAAAUCACCGACAGCUGGCACCCAUCGGCUCCGUUGGUGAACUUCUACUCCAAGGCUUUGUCGCCCGCGGAUAUAUCAAUAAUGAAACGCAAACCAGUAAAAAACUCCGCCCAGAGCUGGAUCACAUCGCUGUUGAUAUUGUCAAGACGGAUCUAGGCGACUCUCUCGUUGCUUUCUUCCCCCAACCUAGCCUGGAAGCUGAUAAUACUAGCUUUUUCGGCACCCUCAAUGCCGAGGAGCAGACAAGUAUCCAACAACUGUCUUCCGAUUUGAGUUCAACUCUCCCAAGGUAUAUGGUGCCUUCGCACUUUUUGCCAGUAAAGACCAUGCCAUUUAUCAGCGCCAUGAAGCUUGAUAGGAAGAAACUUCGACAAAUGACAACCACUCUUACGUCGCAGGAGCUAUCAUCUUUCACGUUGCAGCACACCAAAGCGGCGCCCACAACGGAAUUGGAGUUCAAGUUGCGCGACAUUUGGGCUAGAGUACUCAAUAUACCAGCUGACCGCAUUGGUAAGAGUGACAGUUUCUUGCAGAUUGGCGGCGAUUCCAUCUCCGCCAUUCACCUAGUGUCACAAGCACAGACCGAAGGUAUUGGGCUGAGUGUGCUAGACAUAUUCAAGGACUCCCGUCUUGAAACCAUGGCCAGCUACUGUUCGACUCUUGGCUCUAUUACGACAGACGACAAGAUUAGUGCUUUCAGUCUACUCUCCGGUGAGCUUGCUGAUAUCGAGAAGACCAAGACAGCCAUUCGCAAGACGUGUGCCUUGAAAGGAGAACAGACAGUGGAGGAUGCAUACCCCUGUACACCUCUUCAGGAGGGCCUCAUAGCCCUCUCCGUCAAGCAGCCCGACUCUUAUAUUGCGAAGAAUGCAUUCAAUCUAUCUGCAGAUGUCGACAUUGAAAAGUUUAAGAGUGCCUGGGAGCGAGUCGUCAGCCUCUGUGCCAAUCUACGGACCAGGAUCUUAGAAUCCAACGGGAAUCACAUCCAGGCAAUCAUUGAGAACGAUGUCGAAUGGGAUACUUUCCACCCCUCCGAUCUCUCGAAAGCAUUGGAGUUGUCGGCGCAGGUCAGCAUGGGUUACGGAUCCCGGCUAAGUCGGUACAGCAUUGGUCAGAAUCCGGACAACAAGCAGUACUAUUUCCUUUGGCUCUGCCAUCAUGCAGUUUUUGAUGGCUGGACCAUGAGUGUUGUGAUGGAUUUAUUGUACCGGUCUUACUACGACCAGGAACUUCCUUCUAUUCGUCCAUACGCCAAUUUCAUAUCUUAUGUCAUGGAUAUGGACCUAGCAGCAACUCAAGAGUAUUGGAAAAAGUCACUACUCGGCGCACAAAAGACAGCAUUCCCGCCCAACAAAUCCUCCCAGAAACAGGGGCCCUCUCGCAGUUUUACCCAGUCGAUCCAGUUCCCUAAAUCGACUGCCACGUCCAUAACCAAGGCAACAGUGCUACGAGCAGCCUGGGCUAUUGUACUCUCUCGUUACUGCGAGACUAAUGAUGUUACGUUUGCAGCUACGGUUUCGGGUCGAAAUGCUCCCGUAGUAGGCCUCGAGUCAACUCCUGGUACAGUCAUCUCAACAAUCCCUGUCCGCGUUCGACUAGAUGAGGAUCAAACGAUCAAAGCGUUCCUGCAGUCCAUCCAGUCACAGGCUUCAGAUAUGAUUCCAUACGAACAAUUUGGUCUUCAGAACAUCUCCAAAUUGGGUCCCGAUGCUAAGGAAGCUUGCGAUUUCUCAAGUCUAAUGGUUGUCCAACCUGUCCAACAAAUGGGCCUCGCCGGAACAGUCAAUGAUCAACUACUCCUACCCGCAGUCACUACUAUUGAAGGGAACGAAAGGUCUUUGCAAGGAUACUUCAGCUACCCAUUGGUUAUCCAAGGUGCUCUGUCAGACCAAGGGGCUGAACUUUUCCUCACGUACGACUCUGGUCUUCUGCAGGAGCGCCAAGUCCUUGGACUUUCACAGCAACUUGCACAGGUUGUACAGCAAUUAACUAACCAUGGCCAUGUCAAACUUGGCGAUCUUUCAAUGACAUCGCCUUGGGACAUCCAAGAGGCGAAACAGUUCAACUUGAAUAGGACUCCUCAGAUCGUUGACAGCUGUAUCCACAAGGUCAUUGAAGCGCAAGCGAUGGCCCAACCUCAAGCUCCUGCAAUUCAUGCAUGGGAUUAUCAACUGACGUAUGCUGAGCUCAACGGGUAUGCAAACCAGCUGGCCCAUCAUUUGAUUCAGACGUUUGGAAUCAAAGCUGGAGACGUUGUUCAUGUCUGCUUCGAUAAGUCAGCUUGGUAUUAUGUGUCUAUCUUAGCUAUCAACAAAGCUGGUGCCGUGUGGUCGCCUCUGGAUCCCGCUCACCCAACACAACGCAAGCAAUACCUCGUUGGUAGAACAGGCUCCGGGCUGGUUCUGGCAUCAGAACAUCUUCAGACCAGCUGUGCGGAUCUAGUGCCGAAUGUUCUUGCUAUCACAGCUGAUUUUAUGCUUCGACUUCCACAUGAUGCAACCCAAGGCCCGAGCAUCGAGACCUCCCCUGACGAUAUUGCUUAUAUUCUCUUUACCUCUGGCAGUACAGGUGUGCCUAAAGGCUUUGUUAUGUCUCAUCGCGCACUGUGCACCAGUCAAGCUGCGUUGUCCGGAAGACUUGGUUUGAACCAGAGAAUCAGAAUGUUGCAGUUUGCGUCCUAUGUCUUUGACUUCUCAAUUGGCGAGAUCUUCCAUUGUUUAGGAUCUGGGGGCUGCCUUUGUGUUCCUUCAGAAGAUGACCGAUUGAACGAUAUAGGUCGGUUCAUUCGCGAUGCCAAUAUCAACUGCGCCUACCUAACACCGUCAUUCGCGCGAACAAUCAACCCCGAGCAGGUCCCAUCGCUUGAAAUGCUCGUUUUUGGCGGCGAGGCCGUAACUAGGGAUGUAUUUGAUCAAUGGUUUGGCAAGGUCCGAUUGCUCAAUGCUUAUGGCCCCGGCGAGGCAAGUACUAUUUCAACCAUUUACGAGUACCAAUCUAGCGAAGACUCUGCCGGCAAUAUCGGAACACCGAUCGGAUGCAUGUGCUGGAUUGUUGACCCUCAAGACUCUUCUCGACUUGCGCCUGUGGGCACCGCUGGAGAGCUCAUUAUUCAAGGACCUGGGCUUCUUUCUCACUACCUUGGAGACCCAGAGCGAACACAGGAUUCGGUAAUUGAACAAGUACAAGAGUGGGCUCAUGACAGGCACAAGCCAUUUAUGGGAAGGGCCUUCAAAUCUGGUGACCUAUGUUUCUAUCGACCGGACGGAAAUAUUGAAUUCGCCAGUCGAAAAGAUACUCAAGUCAAGAUCAGAGGUCUCCGUGUCGAACUCGGUGAGAUUGAGCAUCAUAUACUCUCGCUUUUGGAGGGAGUAUCUCAAGUUGUUGCGGAUGUCGUUCGAUCUGGAGAUUCUUCCAAUGUUGUGGCCUACUUUUCGUUCUCCGACUCUGCAAACGACGAAUCGGCGGACCUAUUCUCCGAAAUCACACCAGAGCUUUCCUCUGCAUUAACCAAGCUCGUGGGUGAACUGAAACUUGUUCUUCCAAGUUACGAGGUUCCCUCCAUUUUUAUUCCUUGCAACUACAUUCCAGUCAAUUCAUCAUCGAAACUUGAUCGUAAGAUAUUAAAGGAACGUACCGACUUACUGGAUCGAGAGAAGCUGCAUCACUACUCUCUUGUUAGUUCUUCCAAACGAUCAACCGAAACCGAAAUGGAAGCUCGCCUGCAAGCUGUUUGGGCCUCCGUGCUUGGGCUAUCAACAGACGCUAUAGGUCGAGAUGAUAGCUUCCUGCAGAUAGGUGGUGAUUCCAUUUCUGCAAUUCACGCGGUUGCAGCUGCCAGAGAGGCUGGCAUCGAGACGGCCGUCAACCACAUUUUCAGGGAUCCGCGACUCUUUAUGGUUGCUUCCCUUGCCACUAAUGUGAAUGUUGAGGACGAUAAUGACAAGGAGAGCAGUAGCCAACCCUUCGGCAUGAUACCCACACAGCUUCGUGAGGUGGAAUGGGCAAAGGAAGCUCGUAAUCUUUGCCGCCUUCAGCCUGAUGAGGUGAUUGAAAACGCAAUGCCAGUAACGCCGUUCCAGGAAGGUCUAAUGGCCCUCGCUGUCAAGCAGCCUGGCUCCUACAUCGGUCAAUGGAUAUACAAGAUACCUGAUAACAUUGAUAUCCCUCGCUUCAGGGCUGCUUGGGAACGAACUGUCAGUAUCUGCAGCAACUUAAGGACAAGGAUCAUCAGUAUCUCGCAAACGAUUGUUCAGCUUAUCAUCAAGGACGACUUUACCUGGGAGCAGACUGAAAGGCUGGUUCUCUCCGAGUACAUUGAGAAGUUGAGCAAGAUGGAAAUGACUCUUGGCACGCGACUCAAUCGCUGGGCUCUGAUCGAGGAACCAUCAGGCAGCUACUUUGUACUUGCUGCUCACCAUUCCACCUAUGAUGGCUGGACAAUGCGACUGCUGCUUCGAACAGUGGUCGAGGCAUAUACCCAGACUGACAUUGUUGGCCCAAAGUCAUUUGACAGGUUCGUCAAGUAUACUACAUCCUUGGAUCAAGAUGCCGGCAAGCGCUAUUGGCUGGACCAGCUCAAAGAUGCCAGCCGGGCCACGUUCCCCAAAUUCAGCCAGAACAAGUCUGAAGAUAGUGAAGCCCAAGUCAUCAAUAAAUCUAUCUCUCUGCCGCCUUCGUCUCAUACAUCAAUCACGAAGGCCACUAUCAUGAGAGCAGCUUGGUCGCUAAUCCUAGCGCAAUACUGCGAUACGGAUGAUGUGUGCUUUGGCACAUCAGUCUCUGGCCGUCAAGCUCCAGUCUCUGACAUUACCGAGAUCGCCGGACCGGUCGUGGCCACGGUUCCAGUCCGUAUACGAAUCGACCGACAUACGUCCGUUUCAGACUUCCUGCAUGCUGUUCAACUACAAGCAACUGAUAUGAUAGCUCACGAGCAGUUCGGCCUUCAAAAUAUCCUGAAGCUCGACGACACAAUCCGUGACGCAUGUGCCUUCUCCAGUUUACUUGUUAUUCAGCCGUAUGAAAAGAUGUCCGAAAUGGGUAGUGAAUCCGGUGCAAUUUUAGUCCCAUAUGCUCAAGAUGGGCAGUCUCAGUCCAUGGAUGGAUAUUUCAGCUUCCCGCUGGUUGUUCAAACACUCAUCUCGGAUCAACAAAUUAAACUAAACUUGACCUACGAGUCAGCCUCAUUGAGCGAACGAACCAUGACUGGGUUGGCUAACCAGCUCGAGCAUAUCAUCAAGAGCUUGGCCGCCGAAACAACCAAGACUCUUCAGGAGCUGACAAUGGCCAGUCCAUGGGAUCAUCAACAGGUGACGGAUUACAAUCAAGAAAUUACUCCAGUCGUUGACUCGACUUUCCACGAACUGGUAACGGAACAAGCUCGAACUCGCCCCGACUCCAUCGCAAUUCAAACCUCUGAACUUGCGUUAACUUACCAGGAGCUGGAUGAGUUGUCUGACAAACUUGCAGCCCAUUUAACAACAACUUAUGCAGUUUCACGAGGCGAUUUUGUUCACGUCUGCUUUGAGAAAUCUGCCUGGCACUUUGUAUCCUUGCUAGCAAUCAACAAAGCCGGCGCAGCUUGGGUUCCUCUGGAUCCUUCUCAUCCGCUUGAACGCCAGAAGCAGGUAGUGUCUCAGACGAAGGCGAAGUUGAUUCUUACUUCAGCGCUACAUGAGGUUACCGGUGCCAAACUCGUGGGAGAGGUUGUCGUAGUCACAGCUCAAUUCCCCAACAGCCUUGCUGCCUCCGGUAGCUUCCAGGCAGCAUCGUCGCCGGGAGACGCCUGCUACGCUCUGUUUACAUCUGGUAGUACGGGAACACCAAAGGGUUUCGUUAUGGAGCACCGGGCAGUCUGCACAAGUCAGAGAGCCAUUGGCCACAGACUUGGCCUUACCCCUGAAGUGAAUAUGCUGCAGUUCGCAGCAUUUGUGUUCGAUCUAUCAAUUGGUGAGAUCAUUGGUCCUCUGAUCACUGGCGCUACCAUUUGUAUUCCCUCGGAUGAGGUUCGUAUGAGUACUCAGAGUUUGGUUGACUUCAUCUCCGAGCAUCGGGUCAAUUGGUCAUACUUGACCCCGUCGUUUGCCCGAACCAUCAAGCCCGAGUCGGUUCCUUCUCUUGAGCUUCUGCUUUUCGCUGGUGAAGCUGUUCCUCGAGACGUCUUUGAGACCUGGGUCACAAAGGUGCGUCUUAUCAACGGAUGGGGGCCCGCAGAGACGUGCUGCUUCAGCACCCUGCAUGAAUGGACCUCGGCAGACGAAUCACCGCUUACCCUCGGACGACCUGUUGGUGGUCUCUGUUGGGUAGUUCAAGCAGAUGAUCCCCAGAAGCUCGCUCCGAUAGGCACUCUUGGCGAGGUUGUUAUACAAGGCCCAACUCUACUUCGAGAGUACUUGGCAGAUCCAAAGAAAACGGCAGAAACUACCUUUACAGACAUUCCUGGGUGGGCAUACUCGGGAGACAAGCAUUGGGGGCGUUUCUAUAAGUCAGGCGAUCUCUGCUUCUACAAUUCCGAUGGGCUCCUAGAGUUCGCGACACGAAAAGACACUCAGGUCAAGAUUCGAGGCUUGCGUGUUGAGCUGGGUGAGAUUGAACAUCAGAUUCUCUCCAAUCUAACCACGGCCCGCCAAGUUGCUGUUGAUGUUUUGAAGACUGAUGUAGGGACCAGUUUGGUCUCGUACAUCUGCUUCAGUAGCCAGAGCAGAAUCUCGCAGCAGUCCAACGACUAUCGGGAUCUGUUUGCGCCAAUUGACAGCACUCUUCACAGCGAACUGUCGGCAAUGGUGAGCAGGCUGCAAAUUGUCCUUCCCCGAUAUAUGAUCCCUACUUUCUUCGUCCCGUGCAACUACAUGCCAUUCAUCACAUCUUCGAAAUUGGACAGGAAGACGCUCCGUGCCGAGGUCGGGAAGCUGGAUCAGGCCCAGAUACACGAAUACGCCCUCCAAUCAGGAGAGAAGGAGGCACCACAAACAGCUAUGGAGGUCCAGAUGCAAAGGCUGUGGUCGACAGUACUGAAUCUCCCAACUGAGUCUAUUGGGCGCGGCGACAGCUUCCUCGCCCUGGGAGGUGAUUCAAUCACUGCGAUCAACCUCAUGACCGCCGCCAGAGAACAAGGUAUCGAAAUCAGCGUCAACGAUAUUUUCCGUGACCCUCGGCUUUUAAGUGUUUCGCUUGUGGCAAAUAGCUCGGCUGAGCCACUUGAAAAGUCAACCGACAUUCAGCCCUUCGAUCUCCUGUCCCCCGAAGAACGAAGUAUAGUGCAUAGCGGUGCUCUUCAAGCACAAUGUGGCCUCCCCGAGUCAUCGGGAAUUGAGGACGCAUUCCCUUGUUCCGCCCUGCAAGAGGGACUUAUUGCUCUCUCGGUCAAACAAACGGGUUCAUACAUUACCAAGUAUGUGCUCAAGAUUCCGGAACAUGUGGACCUAGCUCAAUUCAGAGUUGCGUGGGAUCAAACGGUGCAGCUUUGCACGAACUUGAGGACUCGCAUCGUUGCUUCAAACAAUCGCUCCCUUCAAGUAAUUUUCAAAGGUGACGUUGCCUGGCAGUCCGCGGAGGGACUUGGAGUGAACGAUUUCCUCAAGACAACGCAAGGUUACGAAAUGACCUUCGGCUCUCAACUCAGCCGCCAUGCAAUGAUCACGGAACAGGGUCAGACCCAUUUUGUAUGGAUCACACAUCAUUCUAUUGUCGACGGAUGGUGCUUGCAGUUGAUUUUCCGCACUCUUCAUGAAUGCUACUGGGGACAGCCACGCAACAGUCUCGCUCCGUAUGCGGGCUUCAUCAAGCAUGUCCAUAACUUGGAUCUUGAGCAGGCCUCAGCCUUUUGGGCAAACCAGCUACAGGGAGCCUCACGCCCUUCGUUCCCUGCCAAGUCGAGUAGCGAUGAGCCCAAUUUCAAAUUCUUGGAUCACAACAUCAGCACUCCUUCGAUGGUGGGAAGCUCAGUCACGAAAGCCACUGUUCUCAGAGCUGGUUGGUCUGUUGUUCUCUCACAGCACUGCAACAUCGACGAUAUUUGCUUCGGCGCCACACUGUCUGGCCGGAAUGCGGCUGUGGAUGGUUUGCAGGACAUGCCGGGCCCUGCUAUUGCAACGAUUCCUAUCCGCAUCAAGAUUGAUCAUGAUGUUUCUGUGGCGAGCUUCCUGCAAGAUGUCCAAGCCCAGUCCACUGAAAUGACAGCUUGGGAGCAGUUUGGUCUGCAAAACAUCGCCAGGGUCAGCAAGGAUGCAAGAGAUGCGUGCGAAUUCACCACCUUGAUGGUGAUUCAACCCAAGCAGCAUCUUGAUACUGAGAGCAAGGGUGUCAUCAUUGAUGGAAACGAGGGAGUAAAGACAACUGAACAAGAAAUGGUCAACUAUUUCAACUAUCCCCUUGUUCUCGUUUCCAGCCUUUACAAAGACCACAUCCAUGUGAGCUUUGCUUACGACACGAAUGUUUUAUCACCAAAACUUGUCGAAGCUCUAGCUCAUCAGCUUGAUCAUGUCAUGCAACAGCUGUUUUCGAAGACUACGCACCCCGAGCCAAUGAGGCAGCUUUCGCUUGUUGGGCCCCGGGAUUUGGAGCAUGCUGCGCGCCACCAGAACAUGAAGCCAUCCACUGAUCGCUGCAUCCACGAGAUGAUCCGAGAACAGAUCAAAAAGACUCCGGAUUUACCGGCUUUGACAUCGUGGGAUGGCGACAUGACUUAUGCAGAGCUUGGCCAACACUGUGAACGCCUAGCAAAUUAUCUGCUGUCUCUUGGUAUUGGGCCUGAAGUUUUCGUCCCAAUCUGCUUCAACAAGUCAAUCUGGGCCGUUGUUUCAAUGAUCGCUAUUAAUAUGGCUGGAGGAGCCUUCGUCCCACUGGACCCUUCGUCUCCUGUCGCGCGGUUAAAGGGUAUCUUGGGCGACACCAACUCCACCAUGGUGCUUGCUUCACCGGAGUGCUUCGAUACCGCGAAAGCUCUGGAUAUCCCCGUACAUGCCAUCGACAAGGACGCAAUCCUCAAGCUCCCCGAGCCAAUCUCGCCUAUCCAAUCGUCCGUGACCUUCACCAACGCCAGCUUUGUCAUGUUCACGUCAGGUUCCACCGGAAAGCCCAAGGGGAUGAUCUUCGAACACAGAAACAUUUCAUCUACUUCCAAUAGUCACGGUGUGAUACAGAAAUGGGGCCCUGGAACUCGGGUCUUCACAUACUCGGCGUAUACAUUUGAUAUCGGUGUGAUUGACGUGAUGGUAUCACUUUCGCGAGGAGCCUGUCUCUGCAUUCCGUCCGAGUGGCAACGCUACAAUGACAUACAUGGAGCUAUCAACUCCAUGAAAGCCAAUUGGUCUUUCUUCACGCCAACAUUAGCAGGCCUCGUCAAGCCGUCUGAAAUUCCGACGAUUAAGAAUGUAGGUCUCGGUGGUGAGAACGUCACCAAGCAAGUUGUGGAUAACUGGCGUGGCCACGCUACAUUGCACAAUCUCUAUGGGCCAGCCGAAGCGUCAAUCUGCGGCUGGAUUGCCGACGUUGGAAUUGUUUCAAGGCCUAGUAAUAUCGGUGUCCCUUCAUCGUGCGCUUGGUGGAUCGUGAACCCUGAGGAUCAUACUCAGCUGGUCCCCGUUGGCUGUAUCGGCGAGUUGAUGAUCCAGGGACCAAUGCUCGCCCGAGGAUAUAUCGGUGACGCCAACAGCAGCGUGUGGCUACACGAUGUUGACUGGGUACCUGGUAAUGCGCUCAAGAAAGCAUAUAUAACUGGUGAUCUUGUCCGUCGAUUGGAAGACGGCACCUUUGAGUAUCUAGGUCGAAAGGAUACACAGAUUAAGCUUCAUGGUCAACGCGUGGAGCUUGGAGAGAUUGAAUCCCGCCUCGAAGUUGUUCUACCACAUAAUAUGGCGUGUGUUGUGGAUACAAUCAUCAACGAAGAAGCGCAAACGAACACCUUAGUGGCCCUCCUUUGGUAUACCAGGGGUGAAACAUCCGAAGCUCCUCAACUUGAGCUCGUUGAUGACGUGUCUGACGAAAUGCGUGCUCUUAUUUCUGAGAUUGACUCUUCAUUGAGCCUUUCGCUUGCCACGUACAUGGUCCCAAGCAUGUACCUCAUCUUCCAAGGAAUGCCCGAAAGGAAGAGCUCCGGUAAGAUCGACAGGCGAAAGCUACGUGCUUUAGCCCAGGAUGCUCCAGCGAAAGAAAAGCUCAAGUUUUCUCCCGGAGGCGGAGAAACCGGUGCCCAUGAGCCCGUAACUGAUCGCGAGUACGAGCUCAGAGACUUGUGGGCUCAAGUCUUGAACAUCAACGCCAAUGACAUCGGACGCCAUGACAGCUUCCUUAGGGCAGGGGGCGAUUCAAUCAGCGCCAUAAGACUGGUCACUCUUGCACGUGAGAAGGGCCUCAGUCUAGAUGUGGCAAGCAUUUUCAAGGACCCCCGACUGUCACCGAUGGCGGCUGCUUGCGGCGUCAUUGUUGAUGCCGCGCCACCUCCCCAAUGUGAGCCGUUUAGCCUGAUUCCUGCUGACCGCAGGAUUGAUAUCAUGUCCGAAGCUGUCAUUCAAUGCGGUAUACAGAACCAGAGUCAAAUUGAGGACAUAUUGCCUUGCACCCAACUCCAAGACGGGCUUUUGGCACUCACGGUCAAGCAGCCGGGUUCCUAUAUUGCUAGACAUGCUUUCCGUCUUCCUAGCACGGUUGAUAUUUCGCGCUUUGAGCGAGCUCUGAGGGAAACCGCUAAUGUAUGCGUCAAUCUUCGAACAAGGGUUAUCAAAUGGAAGGAUAUGGCCUUCCAGGUUGUCAUCAAGGAUGAUGUUGAAUGGGAUGGUAUUCAUACCGGAAUGAAUGCCACAGGUCUAAUGAGAGCAACCAAGAACGUGAACAUGACCUACGGCUCCAAGCUAAAUCAGUUCAGUCUUGGUCAAGAUGAGAGUGGGAAAUGGUACUUCUUGUGGCUUACACAUCAUUCUGUGUUCGAUGGUUGGAGCUUGGGGAUUAUCCUGGACACUCUGAAGAGGGCCUAUGAAGGAAGCGCAUUGCCCAUCAUCAGCCCAUACGUCAACUUCAUCGCAUACACCCUCAGUGUUGAUGAGUCGGCUGCCAGAGCCUUUUGGGGACAGCAACUACGGGAUGCUCGGCGAGCACCUUUCCCAUCGAAACGAGCAAAUGCGGUUUCUUCCGAUGACCCCAUCACGGGUGUUCUUACCAAAUCGCUCCCAUUUUCACAAUCAACCCGAACCUCCAUCACCAGAGCCACAGUUCUUCGUGCUGCCUGGGCUAUUCUUCUUGCAAGAUACUGUGGCACCGACGAUGUAACAUUCGGUGCUACUGUCUCUGGCCGUAAUGCUCCUGUGAUUGGUAUCGAAGACAUUCCAGGGGCGAUGAUUGCCACAUUGCCGAUCCGUGUCCGUUUAGACUUCCAAAAAUCUAUCAAGGCCUUCUUAGAAGAUAUCCAACUUCAAUCAUCAGAUAUGAUUGCAUUUGAACAAUUUGGUCUCCAGAAUAUUUCAAAGAUAAGUCAUGAUGCGAAGGAGGCAUGUGGCUUCUCCAGCCUGAUUGUUAUUCAGCCUGGGCAACAGAAGAGUUCAGUCGAUGUAGCACCUGACACAGAAGACUUACUUGCCUCUGCUGGUUCAGAAGAGGAUCUGGUGGAAAACUCUCUACAAGGUUACUUCAACUACCCCUUGGUCAUGCAAUGCGCAUUACAUGAGGACAAGAUUGAGUUAUACUUCUUUUACGAGACCAGUUAUUUACAAAAGGCGGAAAUGGAGGGUAUGGGCUAUCAAUUUGAGCAGGUGGUUUCUGAACUUCUCUCCGAAGAUAACCUCAGACACCUGAGCGAAGUCUCGAUCGCUUCACCAUGGGACAUCAGCACCGCGAUUGACCGGAAUCAGACUCCUGACGUUGUCGAAGACUGUCUCCACAACAUCAUUGCCUCCAACGCAGUUCAACGACCUGAAUCUCCGGCUGUGUAUGCCUGGGACGGCGAGCUGACAUACGCUCAGCUCGACGCUGCCUCCAACCGUCUCGCUCAGUAUCUCGUCGACGAGUACAAUGUCAUGGUUGGUGAUGUAGUUCAUGUUUGUCUAGACAAGUCACUGUGGUACAUUAUUGCCAUUCUCGCGAUCAAUAAAGCAGGCGCUGCAUUCUCACCAAUCGAUCCAAGCCACCCGCUCCAACGGAAACAACAGAUCGUUGAGCAAACUCAAGCGAAGAUCAUGCUCGUGUCACCCAAAUACAUCCAAGAUGCAGCCCAGGUCAUUGAACAAGUCAUUCCGCUCGACGCUAUGCUCGACGCGCGCUUGACACCAGUGACGAAGAGUCCUUCGACUGGGGUAUCUCCCACGGACGUUGCGUACGUCCUGUUCACAUCUGGCAGCACCGGGCGUCCAAAGGGUUUCCUGAUUGAGCAUCAGUCCAUUUGCACGUCUCAACGCGCCCUCGCUGCCCGUGUUGGCCAUGGGCCCGAAACCCGCAUUCUUCAAUUUGCAAACGUCAUCUUUGAUUUCUCUAUUGGAGAGAUCUUCCAGGCCUUGACAAGCGGUGGCUGUAUUUGCAUACCAUCAGAGGAGAUGCGGUUCAACAACAUCCAGGAGUUCAUCCGGCAAGCUGAGGUUAACUGUGCGUUGCUAAGCCCCUCAUUCAUUCGCACUCUCAAGCCUGAAGAAGUCCCAUGUGUCAAAGCUCUCUUCUUCGCCGGUGAAGCAGUCCCGCAAGAUCUCUUUGAUGAAUGGUUCGGCAAAGUGCGCCUAUUCAAUGUCUGGGGACCUGGUGAAGCCGCCUUUGCCUGCUCGGUCUAUGAAUACCAGUCCAAAUACGACUCUCCUGCAACCAUCGGAGAAUCAUUUGGUGCUUCGUGCUGGAUCGUUGAUCCUGAUGAUCCAACUCAACUCGCCCCAAUCGGCACCGUGGGAGAGAUCUUGAUCCAGGGUGCUACUGUUCUCCGUGAGUACCUUGGAGAUCCUGUCAAGACUCAAGCCUCAACACUUAGCCACACCCCUACUUGGGCGGCAAGUAAAGAAGUCGGGGUCCGAAGUCGAUUCUUCAAAUCAGGAGAUUUGGCCAUGUACAAUGCCGAGGGGCAAAUCGAGUUUGUUACCCGCAAGGACACCCAAGUCAAGAUUCGUGGAUUGCGAGUAGAGCUAGGCGAGGUUGAACAUCACAUACUCGCUCUCUUAGAUGGAGUGAAACAAGUCGUCGUUGACGUGCUUCGCACCGAGGAGGUUCCAAAGUUGGUUGCGUAUCUGGCCUUCUCCGACAGCAAACGCACCAUGACUGAAUCUGAAGAAUUGUUCUCAGCAAUCACAUCUGAGAUCGAGUCCAAACUUGUUGAGAUGAGAGGCAGGCUUGAAUUGAUCGUUCCGAACUAUAUGAUUCCGUCGGUCUUCAUUCCAUGCAACUUUAUUCCGAUCAGCAGCUCCUCUAAACUUGAUCGAAAGAUGCUGAUCCAUAAAACAACUGGCCUAACGCGUGAACAAAUUCACCACUACUCUCUAGUUGAUGCCGUAAAGAGAGCACCGGAGACAGCCAUGGAAAUUCGCAUCCAGUCGAUGUGGUCAACAGUCCUCAAACUUCCAAUAGAAUCCAUCGGGCGCGACGAUAGCUUCCUCCAAAUCGGUGGCGACUCUAUUCUCGCUAUACAGCUGGUCUCCCUGGCUCGUGAGUCAGGGGUUUCCUUCAAGGUCAAAGACAUUUUCGAUGACUCUCGCCUGUCCACAUUAGCGGCCAAGGCCACGGAAAUCGAUGGGGAUAUUGUGGAGGAUAUUAUUGAGCCUUUUGAAUUGAUUUCGAACGAACAAAAGGAACUAGUACUUUCCAGAAACGUCAGAGAGAAAUGCGCUCUGUCUGAUGAUCAACAAGUUAUUGACGCGUACCCUUGCACGUCAAUCCAGGAAGGUAUGGUAGCCCUCGCGGAGAAGCAGCCAGGAUCUCAUAUGGCCAAGUACAUCUACCGCCUCGCCGAUGAUGUCGAUGUCAAUCGGUUCAAGUCUGCCUGGGAGAAGACUGUUCAAGUCUGUAGCAAUCUACGAACUCGAAUUGUUCAAUUAAACGGAAAAGCAAUCCAGCUAGUCCUUGACAGCGAGGCAGAAUGGGAUUUCCCCGACAAGAAUGAUGUUUCUUCAUCCAUCAAUAGUAUGUCUCAACCGUCAAUGGGAUUCGGAAGCCGUCUGAGUCGUCAUGGCCUCGUUAGCAAGAAUAACGUCAAUUAUUUCACAUGGGUCAUCCACCACUCGAUCUACGAUGGAUGGUCCUCCCAGCUGAUCCUACGGACCCUGUUUGCUCUGUAUGAGAAUAACCAGCCAGCAUCUUUGUAUCCCUACUCUAGCUUCAUCAAGUACACCAUGAGCGUCGGGGAAGAUGCCUCACGCGAGUACUGGACCAGUCAACUGCAAGACUCAAAGCGAUCCUCAUGGCCGCCAAUCGUACCUCGAUCUGGGAUACGGACAGAUAACCCAACGAGGGUUGUAGAGAGAACAAUUCACUUUCCCAAGACUACCAGCACGUCCAUUACAAAGGCCACCAUCGUUCGCGCAGCUUGGGCAAUUGUGCUCGCCAAGUAUUCCGAAACAAGUGAUAUCUGUUUUGGUACGAGUGUGUCUGGCCGUCAAGCCCCCGUUGCUCAUCUUGGAGACAUGCCUGGGCCGGCCAUCGCAACAGUCCCAGUCCGUAUCAAGCUUGAUGGGCAGCAGUCAAUUUACAACCAUCUGAAGCAAGUCCAGAACCAGGCCAUCGACAUGGUUCCCUACGAGCAAUAUGGAUUACAAAAUAUCUCCAAGUUGGGCCGUGACGCUGAAGAAGCGUGUGGCUUCUCUUCCUUGCUUGUCGUGCAACCUACGCAACAGUUGGCCAGCAUUGGAGGCCAAGCGUACUCUAUACUUGGAGCCGCAGAUGAUGCUGACAACAUGAGUAUGGAGGAUUCCAUGGAGGGCUAUUUCACAUAUCCUCUAGUCUUCCAAGGCCGAAUUUCAGAAGAUGCGGCAGAGCUGAUUGCCAUCUACGAUAGCGAUAUCCUGAGCGAGAUGAGGAUACUGGCUAUGAUCAGCCACUACAAUUUUGUCGUGCAACAACUGAUCACCGAAAGUGACAAGACGGUCGGCUCCAUUAGCCUCGCGGGAGACUGGGAUUUGCAAAAGUCUCUAGAGUGGAACAAUCACCCGACCGAAGUGGUUGACCGCUGCUUCCAUGAGAUGUUCGAAGAACGAGCCGCGAUCCAGCCUGAGGCGAUGGCCAUUGACUGUUGGGAUGGAAAACUGACCUAUGGCCAACUCAACAGCGCGGCAAACCGACUCGCCCAUCACCUUUUGAGGUCUUACGAUGUCAAGGCUCAAGAUCUGAUACAUGUGUGCUUUGAAAAGUCUGCCUGGUACUACGUCUCCAUUCUCGCCAUUAACAAGGCCGGUGCUGCCUGGGUCCCUCUGGAUCCCGCCCAUCCUGAAGAGCGGAAGAGACAAGUGACAAAGCAGACAGAAGCCAAGCUUGCGCUUUCAUCCCCCCAGAGCGCUCAUUUGGUCUUGCCACUGGUCACCACAGUUGUGGAGGUUAGUUCGCAACUCGACCAAGAGAUUCUCAAUGCGCCCGACUGCAGCGAUCAGAACCCAGACGUUGCCGUCUCCCCCAGUGAUGUUGCAUACGUGCUUUUUACAUCGGGUAGCACGGGUACACCGAAGGGGUACAUCAAUGAACACAGAUCAUUGUGUACCAGUCAAACGAAUAUCCCUCGCAGCCUUGGUAUUCCCGCUACCGCACGGACACUUCAAUUUGCAUCCUACGUAGUUGAUUUCGCCAUCGCUGAGCUUGCAAGUACAUUGCUUCAUGGCGGCUGUUUGUGUGUUCCUGACGACGAAACAAGAAUGGAUGGCCUCGUUAAAUUCAUCAACGACACCAACGUUACCUGGGUCUUCCUGACCCCAUCGUUCUUCCAGACGAUGCGCCCUGAUCAACUGCCUAACCUCGAAGUGGUUGUACUUGCUGGUGAAGCCGUAUCUCAAGACCUGCUCGAUGCUUGGUUUGGCAAAGUUCGAUUAAUCAACCUCUGGGGCCCUGGUGAAGUUAUCGUUGGAACAACAUGGCAUGAGUACACUUCUGUCAAAGACAUCCCAACCAAUAUUGGUCGUCCUGUAUGCGGCCAUACAUGGCUUGUUGAUCCUGAGGAUGCUACCAAACUGGCACCAAUUGGGACAAUCGGUGAAAUUGUUAUCCAAACACCCACAAUGCUACGCGAGUAUCUGAAGAACCCCGAGAAAACAAAAGAGGCAAUCAUGACAGACCUCCCGAGUUGGGUCCCACACCGUACCGAGCCAUCGUGGGAUCGUAUAUAUAAGACAGGAGAUCUGGCAUACUAUACUGCUGAUGGUUGCCUUGAUUUCGUAUCACGGAAGGACACACAGGUGAAGAUCCGCGGAUUACGUGUUGAACUCGGUGAAGUUGAGCAUCACAUCCGCGAAACCCUUCCCGAUGUACGACAAGUUGCUGUCGACGUGUUCAAGACGGACAUAAGCGUAAACCUAGUUGCCUAUUUCAGUUACAGUGAUACAAUGCGGCCGCAAGUCGCCGCUGAUGUAUUCCUUCCGCUUGACUCCAAGCUUCGAGAGGCCAUCGCCGAGCUAGCAGGCAAGCUGGAUGUUGUGCUUCCAGCAUACGAGGUUCCAACAAUGUACAUUCCUUGCGCCUACAUGCCAGCGAACGCCUCGGAGAAGUUGGAUAGAAUCGCAUUGAAAUCUCUGACAUCCAAUUUGAGUCAGGAUCAACUAACAAUGUAUUCACUUUCCAGCACUGAGAAGCGAGCACCUGAGACAGAUAUGGAAAGGAACUUGCAACUUCUGUGGUCUCAGCUGCUUCGUGUGCCUCCCGAGCAGAUCGGACGUGACGAUAGUUUCCUUCGCAUCGGAGGAGAUUCGAUCCUAGCAAUCCAGCUUGCUUCGAUGGCCCAAGAACAAGGGAUACGGAUCACGGUGGCCAACAUUUUCAAAGACUCUCGCCUUUCUGCGCUCGCCAACGCAGCGGCUAGUGGCGCGGAGUAUGCUGCCACUGAUGUAAAAUCUUUCAGUAUGCUUCCAGGCGAGGUUUCUACUACAGAUGUAUCAGUUGAAAUCCAGAAACAAGGCGGCCUGGCCAACCUUCCAGAGUUGGAGGACGCAUUCCCAACGUAUUCCUAUCAAACGUCAAUGAUGGACCUUACCCACAAACUCGCAGGAGCGUACGUUACCAAGCGUGUGUGGAGACUUCCCAGUCACGUUGACGUGCAAAGGUUCAAAGAGGCAUGGGAUAGAACUGUGCAAUACUUCCCUAAUCUGAGAACCCGCAUCCUUCUUGUGAAUGGCUCGGAAAUCCAGGCCGUUGUGAAGGGUAGGCAAGAUUGGGAAGAUUCAAAGGGAUUAGGCGUCAGAGAUUUCAUCCACGAAUCCGGCAUCUCUUUCAACAUGGGACGUGGCAGUUGCUUGUCUCGCUAUGCCAUUAUUGAAGAAGCCGGGGAAACCUUCUUUAUCUGGAUUCAGCAUCACACGAUCAUGGACGGCUGGUCUCUUAACAUGCUUCUUGCCGGGGUUCACGCUAUGUAUCACGGUACAGUGCCCGCUCCAAUCAACAGCUUCGCCAACUUUGUCCGAUAUGCCAAUGGAAUUGAUCAAGAUGCUGCCGCAUCCUACUGGAAGAAUACUCUGGAAGGUGUCAAACAAGUCACGUGGCCUAGGCCCAUCACCCCUGAGACCCCUCUUCGUGGGGUUACAGACACCAACACGCGGACGAUUCGUAUCCCAGAUAGCCUCGACUCUUCUCUAACUCUGGGAACCGUCGUUCUCGGUGCAUGGGGCUUUGCUCUUAGACACUUUGACAAGAAAGAUGACAUUUGCUUCACUCGCACAUCAUCUGGCCGUCAGGCCCCUGUGCAUGGAAUUGACACCACGCCUGGCUUCUGCACUCAGGCUGUUCCUACACGCAUCCGGUUCAAUAAAGAUCAAACUGUAUUAAGCCUUCUCGUUGAUCUACAGAAUCAGUGCUCCGAGUCAGUCCCCUUUGAGCAUUUUGGCACAAAGAAAAUUGCAGAGAUUCUGCCAGAGGCUGCGCCAGCCCUGCUUCAGUCCAGUAGUUUGAUUAUUCCACAGCCGGUCCGCGCUUCGGGAACUGGUGAAGAGACAUCUGCAGCAAGUUUACUGGCUCCUGCGCUAGACAAAUGGGCCGUGGAUGAUAUCCUGGAUGGGUUCAGACUGGUCCCUCUUUGCUCCAAUUUCUUCCUGAAGGAAGACACGGUUGACAUUGUUUCGAACUAUAAUAGGGAAGUCAUAAGCAGCACCGAGGUUGAAGCGCUCUAUGACUAUCUCGAGGCGAUCAUUAUUGGUAUUUGCAGUCAUUCAGAUAUGACAGUUGGCAAUCUUCUUGAGAUGUUGAACUUGAAAUAA